CUACAGCUGAGCUGACAUUCUCCGUCUGACCCAGGCAGGAGGCGCACUCACUGGGCAUUCUGUGGCACUGCUAGGAGACUUGACAUUCUGUCUGCACUGCUUGCUCUGACUCCCGGCUCCUGUCAGCAGCUAGAGGUCGCUGUGCUGUCCCUCAGCCACCUGCAGAUCAGCCCUCACAGACCUGAGACUGAGGGGUCCUCACCUCCCCUGCUGGUCCUGGCUGAUAGGGGGUGACCAUUUAUACCCAGCUCACUGGCACCUCACCCACCUCCCCAGGAAAUUAGAUUGGAGACCAAGAUACAAUGUAUCCAUAACUCUUUAUCCUGGUCUGCUCUCAUUAGCCUUUAAAUCUGGAUACAUUAACAAAAGAAGAGGGGACAUCUCCUAUCAUAUAUCUAUAUCCCAGGUGGGAGUCCUUUACUGACUACAAGAACACAUUUAUUUCAUUUUUGGGGGAUGUUUUAUUAUUUUUCUCUUAACAAGACAGUAAGGGAGAAGACACCAUAACCACUGAGGAUCUACAACAACCAACCUGUUGCAUUUCUGUUCUAUUUUGAGUUUUUGGUUGGGUUUUUUUUUGUUUGUUUGUUUUUUGGGAUUCCCCCACACCUUCAUCAGGAUGACCCCAGAAUACUUCUUGAGGUCUCUGUUGAUGUUGAUUUUAGCUGUGUUCUCUGCUAAUGCUAGCAACUGGCUGUAAGUUGGAAAACCAUUUCAUUUAUUUAUAUGCUUGCUUUUUUUUUCUUUUCCAUGUUUUGGGUUUUAGGUGUCCUAAAAGUUGUUUAUUGUUUUUAAUAUAGUUUUUUAUUGUUUGUUUGUAUAUUUUUUUUAUUUUUAUUUUUGCAAUUGCCUCUCCUUUAAGUGUAAAGUUAAUGAGCUGGACCACCAUUCAUGUUCUCUGGUACACCAUAGAUAUUCAUUCCAAUACAAAUCUGAAACUGCUGCAGAACACACUUAGAACUGUCAAUGUCAUGUUUCAUGCCCACAGGUUUCACGUGAGAUAUUUGUAAUAAAAUCUAGAAAUAGAUCUGGAAGUCAUUGUUAUAUUUCAUGAACUGGAUUUUUAUAAUAGCAAAGUGAACAAAACCUGGACACCACCUUAGUUACAGGAGUUCAGAGUUGCACCUGCUGCAGAACUUCGUAGUUGUCCUCUGCCUGUUGAAGAACUAAAUUUUUUAAAUGUAUCUGCUGCAGAACCUCUUUGUUGACUUAAAUUGGCUUAAGAACCUUUCAGAUGAAACUGUUGCAGAACCUCUUGGACAGUUUCACUGUGUUUUUAUUUAUUAACAUCUUCUACCUGUUUGUGGGUUUUGUUUUGUUUUAAAUACAGGGGAAAAAAAUAUCCACUAUAAUUAUUGGCCAUAUUUGCUUUCCAAGAAGUGUCCAAAGUGAAUGACAAGACCCCUACAAACAUAGAAUUGUGAGUGAUAGUGAUGGUGUGAUUUGUAGACCUUUAAAUUGCUGGAUCUCCACAACCCAAAACUAGUCAGAUUGUCCUGAGCUGAGUGGCAGACACACACAUUGCUGCACUGUGUUGUGUAUGAAGUGUUGUGUAAGUGAUCAUAGCUAGAUCUGUAAAAUGCAAGGCAUGGCAGUGCAAUGAGGACUUAGGAAACUGGGAGCGUGUUAAGAUUAUUUUUGUUGCAGUGUGGUAAACUAAACUCUGAAACUGAUCCCUCAAGCACAGCUAAAGCUCUGUUUACAAUUAAUCCCAAUUUCCUAUACAUAAUAUGCUGGAGUUACAAUUUACUUCCUUUAUCCACUGUCCUGUACAUAUAAGUUUAACACUGUGAACUGCCUAACAGGUGUUUUAUUACAAGGGCUGCAAAAAGUCAAUUCUUGUAUAUUAUUUUUAUUUUAGCCUUCCUUCUCCUGUUCAAAGUGAAAGUUAUCAUUUGCAAUCAUUAAACAGUUGUUGCACACUGCAAGUUAAUUAUUAGAUAAGUCAUGUAAGCUUAGAUGGCAAUGAAUUGGUGUUUUUAGUUAUAAUUAUUGUGAUGGUCAAUUUAUUGUGAUCAACUAAAACACUUUAUCAGGCAGUGAUGGUUGGAUUGCUAGAUGUAUUUCCAGGCAGGGUUUUGGGUUAAUAAGAAAGUUUAUAUGUAGCAAGUAUUAAAUAUAUAAAAGUAAUAAUAAUAAUAAUAAUAUAAAAGAACACAUUUCAGAUAUUUUAUCUAAAAUUCUGGAUAAUAAUUUUAACCGCCAAAAAUUUAUAUUCGCAAUAGAGUGAUUCAAAUAAUUUAUUGUACAAUGUCGUAGAUUUUACUGUAAUUUUAUGGAAAAUAAUAUAGUUUUAGCAUAAAGCCAUAUGAAUCCAUAAUUUGGGAAAUAACCAAGUUUUAGGCACAAGUUUGUGAUUUUUUUUUUGCUAUUUCAAACUACGUAAAUUCAUUGGUCCAUAUUAUAUAUGAUAAUAUUAAAAAUAAUGACACAUAUAUUCCGUAAAUUUAAAGUGUGCGUUAUUAAUUUUUUUGAAACCCAUCAAUUGAUACAUGUCUUGUAAUUUAGAAUGCUUAUCAGCUCACAUGGAGUUUCUGGGUUCUUUAACUUCUGUCCCUAAACUUUUCGUGAGUGGUGAAGAAUGGGCAUUUUUCUUUUUUUUAGAAUCACAUCUUCUUUCAUUGUAACUAAGUUAGUUUCGAAACCAAAUUCCUGGCAAUAACACUAUACCAGUCUAAUCCAGAUGGGAAAAUUCAUGACAGUUUGUCUUUGGCUAUUAUGAUGAGGCAUGACGAGUGGCAAGCGAGGACAUGCUGUCAUCAUUUAGGAAAAAGUAGGGUUUGAUUGCAUGAAUUGCUUGGAGAUUCUUUCUAACACAGGACAUUUUAUACAUUUUUCUAGGACCAGUAGUCAAGAUAUAAUUUUCUUGGGAAUGACCCCUAGUGGUAACAUCAGGGACACUUUAUAUUAUUAAAUAGCAAAACCAAAAUUAAGAAAUUUCAUAAAAAAUAAUAUGUUCUGUAGACAUUUCACAUCAAUGGAAACGACCUUUCAAUAUCCCUUGUUUAAUGUCCCUUCGUUGUUUAAAAAUUAAACAAUAAAAACAAAGUUUGAAAUGUAGUAUUUUAGAAAUACUAAGUACUCCGCUUAAUUUAAUAAAGUACUAUAAAAUAAUUUUAAAAAAUGUGAGUGCACAGUGCUUCUCAAAUAUGUGUAUGUAUGCAUGUGCUUGUAAAUAUACAUAUGUAUAUGAUGUGUACAUAUUUGUACGUUAUUCUUAAAAAUUCCGAUCCUAAAAUUAAUUGUAACUCUGAACCCAUUGUGCCCUGAAUUCAGACCCUGGGUCGUCCAAUAUUCAUUCAGCUAUUUGAAAGAUGAUUUGUUGUAAUAUAAAUAAUAAACCAUUUAAGAAUGAUUUUGAUGAUAACAAGUUACAAAGUCACGUUCUUUCAAAUUUAGAUUAUAUAUACUAAUCUACAUGUAACAUUUAAACAUUUCCCUUUAACCUGAAAGGAGAAUUAAUUAGAAAUAUCCAAAUAAAUUAAGAAUAAAACAACUCUUGUUACAUAUUAACUCUUAUCUCAUUAUUGCUGUAUACAAUUUGUGGUACAUAUUAAAAAAAAAUAAAAAUUAAUUCAUGGGAUUAUUCAUUACAAAAGCUAGUUUAAUUCUGUGGGUACUAGAAGUUUUUAAGAACCAACACUUGGCAUUAUAAGAAAGUUUAAGAACUGCCAUCUAUGACAGAAUUUGAACCCUAAUUCCCCAAAUGAAUAAUGUAAUUGUUUGAAUUGCAACAAUUAAAACACACCAAAUUAAAACAUAAAUUAAUUGUAGAGUAGGUCUAACUACUUUAUGAGACAAUGAAACCUGCGUGCAAUCACUUUAUGUUUGUUGAAUUUCAAAAAAUAGAUAAAUAUCUAAAUAUCUGUAUUGUUACCCAAACGUAACAAUUAAUUGAGCUCGGCAGAACAUCUCCAGUCGUUCUUUAGCAAUCCGCUUAUUGUUUCUAAAAGUAACUGGAGAAUGGCACACUAAAUCAAGCAGAUAAGAAAAACUUUGUUAUAGGAAUUAAGUCACAUAAAUGAUCAUUUAGGAAAUGUUUUACUAGAAGAAUCCCCAAAAAAUGUUUAAAUUGUAAAAUUUUUAAAAAUGGCAUAAAUAUGGAAUAUACAGAUAUAUUAACGUAAGAUCUUUCAGAGUGCUGAUGGUCCCCUAGCUUUCUAAUUGCUCAUACGGCUAAAAUAAAAAAGCUAUACAAAUACCCAAACACGAUUAUCCAAUAAUGUCUGUCUCAAUUGACAGGAAUUUAAAGUGAAUUUUUAAUUUUAGGCUCUAAUUAAGAAGAUUAGAUAAAUAGAUAGACAUAGUUAAAUAGAUAGAUAGAUAGAUUUUUAAAAAAAUGUUUAAGUUAGACGUGUUAAUAUAAUGGAUUACUGGGGCCUCCCCAUGUUAAAAAAAAAAGCUUCUCAGAAAAAAGCACUAGACUUGUGCCCACCAUCUUGCAUCAGCAUACUUUGCAUGUUGACAUUAGAUAUAAAAAAGAUUCAAUUAUGCAAUCUAUUUUAUGUCCAAAGCCUCAAGUUGCAGUCUGUCUGACAGCCACUAGAGGCCUGGGAAUUGCAAAAUAUAAACAAUGGUGUUUCUUUUUUAUAUAUUCAUCCUUGCCAUCUGUUACUAUGGAAACCAGUAGAAUGUUUCUGCCGAUUAACUUUAUUUUUAUUUUUUUGGGGGAGAUUGCACCACUAGUGGAUCUAUGCCACACCUUAUCAAUGGCAACACUUUUGUAAAUGACCAUAAUAGACCAGUCAAUCUGUUACAUAAAGAAAUCACAGAGUCCAAUUUAGAUUUUUUUUUUUUUUUUUUUAAAGCAUCAGGCACAGGACUUAAAAUGUUCUAUUGUGCAGUACCUCAGUCCUUUCUGUAGAUGGCAAAGGUUAGUAGCAUCUGAAGAAUGUGGUAGAUGUUAUAUAUAUAGAUUUCAAUUUUCAGACCCAGAUUCUAAAAAGAAGUUACUAGAUGCUAAAAAAUAGACCUCCAAAAUAGUCUAUAGCAAUAGAUUUUCUGAGGAUGCAGCCAGAACCCCGAAAGACGUAUUGCAGGAAGUCACAUACAGAGUGCUGAUUGGUCUAGUCUGAGCAGUUACGCCACUUUGUGGCAGAAUAGUGAUGGCACGGUUGGAAGGAGACAAUAGAAUUUAAUGCACCUAAACCUGAAAGUUGAUUUAUAUUUUCACAACAUUCUUUUCAAGAGUCACUCUAAGGUAGUGGGGUGUCCUAGGCAUUAAAAUUGGUACCACACCCCUGAUUAAAAAUUUACCAAUAUUUACAAACUUAUCGAAGUGGGACACAAAAUUAGACAUUAAUUUAAAAAACAUUUUUUUUAAAUGAGUCUUACAUCCCACAUAGCUGUCUAGUACAAUCUUACCAGGAAGAAGCCUGAUAUUUGGGGCCCAGUUUGACUGUGCACUUUGAGUGCAUACCCUAUUGCCAGUUGAAUAAAACAACUCUGUUCAUGAUGAGCAGAAAAUAUCUAAAAAAAUAAAUUAUACCAGAGGAUUAGAUGGAUUUAUUAACAUUUUCAGAGUUUGGCACAAGCUUGCUGUAAUUAAAGGGUUAUUCGAACAUAAUAUGGUACGCCUCAAUAUAAUCUGUAUAAAUUCUGCAAGUGUCAGAGAAGUGGCGUUUGAAUACCCAUCUGGAAUUCAAAGAGUUAAAAUGGGCACUCUGUGGUAUUCAAUUUAAUAACCCUGUAAGGGUGCCAAGGAGGAGUGGGGAGGAGUGGUUGUAUGCACGCUGCUCUGACAUCUAAUGUAAAAAGGAAGCCUUUACACUGUGUUGAAGGAUGAGAUUUAUUGAUAUGUGAAUUCUUUGUGUGCAUAAAACAUGGAAUGUCCCUUUAACACAAAGGGUUAAAUGUGUGAUUGAUACAGAAUAAGUUCAAAUCAUGAUAUGAAUCAUACCUUGAAUUAUCGCAACAGUAAAUGGAACUUUAUCAUCAAACCUCAAAGGGUUGAGAAGGUGAUUCCUAAGAAGUAUUACAUAAUUUAGAGGGCGCAAAGCAAUUUGCAAAGCAAAGGCUGAUCAAUGCCAAUCUACAGGGUAAGCUAUAUUGACCUUGUAAUGACCAACGAAGUGUGCCAUGCUUUUGCAUUCAAAUGAAUAGCCCACCUUCCUGUCCCUCAAAGGGUUAAAAAAGGUCAACGAUAUCUUCAAAUCUGCUGUAUAAAAUGUAAAAUAAAACCAUAAGUAAUUAGAUCUAGUCUUAACUCUGGUUGUAAGGUCACUGGCCUCUCUCCUGUGGGAGAAAAGCUCUGUUGCAAGUGAAGCCUGUCUGUUAUGUGAGACGUAUGAUCGCUAAUGUGCUGAUAGUAUAUCGGGCAAGUAAUUUGAGCUAUAAUAUUCAUUUCAUGAAGCUAGAAUGGGAUUCACCCAAAAUUUAUUAUGCAUUUUUUGUUUAACAAUUACAUUGUACUCAUUAGACAUGAGAGUAGAAAUUGCUAAAACUUUGGAAAAUGAAUGCAAAUCUCACAAUUCACUAAACCUGUGAAAUAAUUAUCUACAAGAACUUUAACGUAGUAGAAAUUGGGAAAAGAAAUCUGGUACUUUGUUUGCAAGUUUUUUAAAGAUUUUUAUUUGUUAAAAAAUGAACUGUGCCCUAUGGAAAACGGAAAAUGAAUUAAUUAAAAAGUGAACUAUAGGAAACAAAAAAAUAUAUAUAUCAGAAAAAUGUAAGCUACAAUAAAUUCCUUUAUUCCUGAUAUUGUGGCCUACAAAGUACAAUUCAAUGAUCAAUCUACCACAAUUCACUUAUGCAGUACACAUAUCACUAACUGGCUCCCAAUUGUCGUGCUAUCCUGCUUUUGGCGGGACAAUCCUAAUUUCAGAGUCUUUUUUCCGCUGUCCGGAUGACAUGAGGGAACUGUCACGGACAGCACAGUUUGAGCGCAUCAUUAGCGGGUACUAAGACCAUGCAAAGAGUGCUUCAGCAGUCUGCAUGGUCCUGUAUAUAAGGGCCAGCCAGGAGGCUGUCUAUCAACCUGGACUGCUUGGUGCCAGGCUGAUAUGCUCAUUCAGUGGAUGGGCACAUCCACUUCCCAGGCGUGCCUGCCCACUAAGGGCAUCGCCAGUGACAAAGGUUGUAUCACUGAAAACCCCCACCUGGAUUUCAUGCAUCCCAGUGCUGGGAGGUUAUGUACUAAUACGGUUAGUCAUUACACUAGAAAUUGUCAGGAUUUUAAAGUGAAAUGUUAUAUUUUAGGCCAGAAUAAAUGGAUUGGAAGAAUUCUCCAGGACAGCUAUAUUUUUAGGUUGAUGAUUUUGGUGUAAAAUAUGAAAUUCACUUUGAUUUUCCGGCUAUUCACAUGUUAGGCAAAAAUCCUGCUCAUCCAGGUUUUUCAAGGCAAAAUUGGAAUAAUUCUAAUUCAAAGUGCUAAUGUGGAGUCAUUGGGCACAUUCCGUUGGUGUCAUGAUAGUUUCUCAAAAUCUCUCUUGCUCAGCGAGCCUUGUACAAUUUAGGAUAAAAAGCUCCAAUAAUAGGCAGAUUUUUUUUCCACCUCUCUAUUUUCGUCUCAGUGCUUAUGCGACUGCCAGUUUAAUUUAAAGGAAUACUAUAGUCACCAAAACAACUUUAGCUUAAUUAAGUAGUUUUGGUGUAUAGAUCAUGUCACUGCAGUCUCACUGCUCAAUUCUUUGCCAUUUAGGAGUUAAAUCACUUUUGUUUUAGUUUAUGCAGACAUUGCCACACUUCCCCUGGCUGUGAUUCAUGCAUUUUGCAUGCAAAAAAAAAAAAAGUUUCGUUUUUAAUAAGAGGUUAACUUACUUUAGCAGUUUUUAUCACCUGCUCUGUAAAUUGAGCUUUAACCACACCCAGGAGAUUCCUGCAAAGUCUAGCCAACUAUUAACAGUGCAGGAGAUAAGAAAUGGUAAAUUAAACAUACUGUGCAAUAAAGGAAGUGUAAAAAUUAGAUCUAAUUUUACAGGAAGUGUUUAGUAAGGUUGUAUAAGUCACACGCAGGGAGGUGUGACUAGGUCUGUGAUUUAACUCACAAAUGUCAGUAAAUUGAGCAGUGGGACUGUAGAUGCAUGAUCUAUAUACCAAAACAGUUUAAUUAAGCUAAAGCUAGUUUGGUGACUAUAGUGUCCCUUUAAGUGUCUGUUUAGUUAAUAUACCUUCUAAUAUGUAUUACUAUUGACAAGCCAAUCAUAACCAAAUACCAUCAGGGUCAUUCAAUAAGGUGAGAAUGCAAAAGUGAACUCAACAUGAAUUUCAAAUUUAAGGUUGAAGUAACUUAACUGGGAAAUUCUCCAAGUCUUUGAAGCUUUCACUUCAACUAUUCUGGUCUUAAUGUUGAAAUAUACUUUGACAUUGCUUUCAAUUCUUAUUUUAGUAAAUAACCUAGUGUACAUUCUCUUACUGUCUGCUCUAAGCCACCUUAUUACUCUGCAGCAAGGGUGGCUAAAAGCUAGUGCCCCUUCUGUCGUAGAAGUCUAAAGCCUGACAAAGCAUCAUGGGUAUUGCAGUUUUGCAGCAGCUGGGGGCUGACCCUCCCAGUUCAACUGUAACUGUAGAUAUUAAAUUGUUAAUUAGAUAUACCUGGAAAUCUAUCUUCCUUUGUGGAAGCAUUGUGUGGAAACCUUUACCAGCUUUUACCUAGAGCAGGGAUAGGCAACCUUUGGCACUCCAGAUGUUGUGGACUACAUCCCCCAUAAUGUUCUUACACCCAUAAUGCUGGCAAAGCAUCGUGGGAGGUGUAGUCCAAAACAUCUGGAGUGCCGAAGGUUGACUAUGCCUGACCUAGAGUCUACUGGUUUUCCCAUUCUUCAAAUGAAAGGAGGCAUGUGGUGGCUAAAUCCACUCUCUGUCUGGCCCUACCCUCAAGGAGCAAAACCCUGCCUAGUUGGCGUACCUACGUCUAUGGGCGAGACCAACUUGGUUUGCCUUGGGCUGUGCAAUUCCUUCAUCCAAAUGGAUGAUAAUUGGCAAGGAUGUUUGAAAUAUUCCUAUGCAACUUUACAUAUUGCUUCAUUUAAUCUUUAAACUAUUUUCAGGAGGCCCUUUGUCAUCGUUUGUUAAUUUGUGUGCCAUCAGUUACUUGUUUUGUAAUCCACUGUGUUGUUUUAUAAACAUCUUUAUUAAAAAAAUGAUUACAGUGAGAAGGCAAGUUAGCAUUUUUACAUAUCAGUUUACAAAGAGAAUCAAUUCGCUUGUUAAAAUUAUAUGUUUCUAAUAUGUUUAGAUAUAAGUUUUUUUCUUUUUUUUUUGGCAAAUGUGUUUACUGCAUCCUGCUCUUCUUGUUCCAGAACUCAAAGAGGAACAAUUCCAGACACUUUGAGAGUUAUUAUUAACAAAUGAUAUCCAGUCCUUUCUCAAGCUUGAUGUCAUUAGGAAAUCCACUCUUGGAAUCAGUUUUAAUUAGUGUUCCGCAUAGCAAGCACAUUUGACAUUUUGUUAAACUGUACAUUCAUUCCUUUUAGUGAUCCACUAAUACAUAUUCUGAAACACUCAUAAUAAAAGCCGCACUUUUAUAAUUUAAAUUGCAUAAAACUUCACCAGGCUGUUUUUAUUUUAAAAUAUAGAUAAUGUAAUAUAAAAUAUAGCCAUCUUAUCAUGCCCUAUAUUUUUUUCAGUACUGGCUAACUUGUAUAAUAAAUUUCAUAUCAUGCUGAACCAAACUUUAAAAUGCAGUGCUUUAUGUGUAAAGAGUGUGUCCUCUUUUUAAUUUUACAAAAAGGGAAGAUUUCAAUAGAAAUUGGCAUGUUUAUAAAUGUUCUUGCUACACCCCCUGACCCCUAGGAAAUCAAUUAGUCCUGUUACUUCCUGGUUUGGUUAGCUCAGUGUAGCUAAACUCACGUGUCAGGCACUUGCCUUACAAAGACUUCUCUCUGAGCUGCGUUUGGGAGUCUGUAAUUGGACAGCCAUAGAAUGUCUGGGCUAGGGAAGAAGACGAGGGAUUGCAAAACCUGCAGACAAUAAAUCUGCAGCUAUUGCAAGCUGUUUUGAGAUAUAGCCCAAUGAAAAAAAAGGCAUAAUUAAAGGCAUGCAUGUUUUUAUGUGGGUAUAUAUACUAAAAAGUAAUUUAAAAAAAAAAUUAUUUGGGCAGUGCGGUGUUCCUUUUAGCAUCCUCAUGUGGAAUGCAGUAAAUAAAUAUCUUCAGUGCUAUGUAAACCAUCACUGAGAUAAGAUAGGAUGAGAUAAUAAGGCAUUUAAAAGCCCCCAUAAAGCAAAUAAUAAAUGAAAAAAGAUAAUAGGAUGAAUGUAUUUUAGUUCUAAAAUGUCUUAUAACAUUUAUAGUUUGCUGUUGGUAUAUUGAAGUGUAAUCACUUAUUAUUGAAUGCAUCCUUUUUUCAAAUCGGUAGUUUAAGACUAGUUUAUGAUAUUUACUGUCACUUUCUCCCCCACCUUCUCCCACCCUGUCACUGUCUGUCAUGUUAAGCGUCUUUCAAGAAGAAAAACAUACACGCUAAAUAAAUAGCAUUUUAUUGUACCAUUAGAAGGAUUAGUAGGUAGAAAUUACUUCUGAGUCUUUAAUUCUGUAAUGGAGCUUUUAAAGUGACAGUGCAUACUUGCCAAUUUAAGGAAAAAAAACAUGUAUGUUGGUUUUAACCACAUUUCAGUGGGGGCUUAUUCACUAAACACAGAAUUGUAGUAAUGAUUACUAUAUAGUGAGUUACUUUUUCAGGGGGAAUUGGAUAGCGAAACAGCUUAUCAUACUGGCUGUUUUAUCAUUUAUUGCAGCCAAUUGCAUCAAGUCCAAACUAAGCCUGUCCCUAAUUGGCAGAUAUACUUCGGGCUGUUGUGUUUUGAUAUAUGCAAUGAAUUCUAUUAUAGUUUCAUAGACUGGAUAACGGUUCCCUUCAAGCAGAUUUUAUAACUGUUUGCAUAUGAAAAAACAGAACUCAGCUGCUGUUUCAUGUCUGAAUUAUUCUACUGAGAUGGAACACUAUGCCUGAUUAACCUAUUGAAGCACUAAAACUAGGUUGUUCUUCUAGAUAUGCUUGGGAAAAAAGUAUACUUAGCAGUGACCUGAAAUUUAUAGAUAAUUCCUGAGAUUUAAUAAUGUUAAAAAAAGGUUUUUUUUUAAAAGAAUGUGGAUUAAACAAAAGUCUACCCCCUGAACUGGAUGACAUUACAUAUAUGGGGUGUUUACUAAAUGGAACUUCCAAGUGAAUUCAAAGUUAUUUUCAAAUUUAAGGCCAAAGUAGCCGAACUAGAGGCAUUGCUGAUUUACAGAAUGUUUCCAGAUCAGCUAUUUUCCCUUGAUUUUGAAUUCACUUCUAAUUCUCAUUUAAGUGAAUAAUUUGCAAAAAAGAAGUUAUAGAAUUUAGGUAGAGGUGGUGUGAGUUCAUAAUAUCAUCACUUUUGUUCCAUAUUUGCCAUAUAUACUAUUCGAUGUAUGGUUUCUUAUCUUUUUAUCUGUAUAUUUUUGUCUUUUAUUAUGUGGUUAAAGGUUUGGGAGGAAUAUUUGUAAAUACAGAUUAAGUAAGAGUAGUUAUAUUGCUCUUAAUAUCUUUUCACUGGUGUUUUUCAAUUCAAGCGAGUUGUGAUUUUUUGCUUUUAGAGGUAGUAAGGGCUAACACAUUACUGUUCUCAGUAAGAAACAUAAUGUACAGUGUGGAUUGUGGUUUUUAGAUAGAUAUUUCAAGGUCUAGAUGGGUCACAUGGUUAAUAUCUGUCAUAUAUUAUGUUUAGAAUAUUUAAAAACAGAAUUUUGAGCCUUUGCGUAUUGAACAGUUAUACAGUAAGUAACAUGCGAGAAUUAUUUUCCUAUUCUGUAAAAUAUAUGUUAUAUACUGUUAUCUCUGUGAUGCCUGCAAGAUUGACAGAAGCCUGCUGCAUGGCUCUAAGUUUGUUCAUGAUAAAUGUCAUGACAGAUACUGUCGUCACGAUCGACACAGGAUAUACAGUGCGUAACUUUCAAUCCUUUAUAGGUCACUGCAGUUCUAAUUAAAUAAUAGCACAAACCAAAGUUAACUUUUCGUUGCGCUGUGCAAAAAAUCUUGCAAGUAACAGUCUCCCGUUACCUCUUACAUGUGAGCAAAUUUCUUGUGUGCAUUUAAAAAAAAUUAAUGAAACCGUAAUAUUCAUCACAGUAAAAGCUAUAAUUAGCAUCAAAUCCCCCAGAAACAAAAGGUCUCACAAGUGUAAUAUAAUUGUCUGCUAGUUAUGAUAGCGUUGAAAAUAACAUUUUAAAGGGACAUUCUCAGCAUUACAUCUGCUAAAAGCCACUAUAGUUGUUAUGUUGUCAGGAGUUGAAAUGGUUUGACAUUUACCUGGGUCCUACAGACCUUCGUGGGUUGUUGUCUUUUUUUAGAUAUCCCUAAAGUAGAAGUUUCUGUUUGGUCGUGUAAGUUGUGUCCUAAUUUGAACAAAUUUAUUGGCUAACACUUCCAGCCAAUAAAAUCCAUCCAAGAGAGUACUGCUCUGGACUGGGAAGACACGACUGCUGCCCAGUAGUAAGGGGGAUGGCACAAAGGUUCAAACAUUGUUGCAUCUUGGAGGGGGAUAAAAAGAAGAACCAGGGGAGGGGACUCACCAGUCACCUAGAAGGAGUGUAGGGGACCCUGACUCUUUCCCGCUCUUUCUGGCAUUUGGCUGGCAUUUCCUAAAAAAAAGAUAAAUAAAUAACUAGUAGUUGUGCUGUCUUGUGAGUAGUAGGAGUUGGAGUUUGAAUCUACCAUGGCGGCAGCAUCCUCAGCAAGGUCCCAUGGGGAGAUGGGGCGAUGUUACAGGCUUACCUGGAGUCCCAUGGCUCAGGUGCCUUGGAUGCGGUGGUGGCCGGCGUUGUAGGAAGAUUGGGAGAUGGUGAGUCAGAGAGGACAGCGCCGGUAUCCCCUGCACACAGUCGGAGGGCCAAGUGGCCUCCGACGCAGUUGUCACCCAUCCCUGUGAGGAGCAGCAGGACCUGGCGUGAUGAGAGGAUGGAAGCGGAUGGCCGAUGGACGGCAGCAGAGGUUCUUAGUGUGCCCAGGCGGAGUGGUCGGCCCAGUGGGGACGUUGAGGUGAGGGCCCAAGAUGGCGCGAAAUGGCGGGACGCUCACUAAGUCUGCCUUCUCUUCCGGGAUGGGCGGAUGUGACGUCAAGACGUCGGAUAGCAGGAAGAAGACGGGUGACGUCAGUGCAGGGACACGGCCACAUCACAGGCCCUGCCUCCUUUACCUCUCCGGCGAGACGGAGACACCAAAGGAGGACAGGAAGCUGGCAGAACUCUGCCUGAAGUGGGCAGGAGGAUUGGAGAGAGUGGAGCCUACCGGGAAGAGUCGGAUUCGACCUCAGGUGUGGACGGUGAGGAGGACACAGCCCAGCCUGCAGUCCUGAAGUCAGCUGUCCAUCUCCCCAGGGGUGAGUUAACUUGCGCUAGCGUUUGGGGUGAUAUGCAUGGGGCGCAUGGGGAAUCUAGUGAUGUGCUGGGAUUGCUGCGUGCAGUUUUAGACAAGUUGCCCAAGGGUAGUGGGUUAAGUCCAGCGCACGCUCAGGUGAACUGUGCGAGUGGGUAUCGCCCUCCCGGGUUGUGUUUUGUUCCACUUGGGGAUACAUGUCCCCUCCGAGACCCAUGAGAGGAUUCUGAGGGAUGAGUAUGUGGACUUCUUAGCCUUAGAGGAUAGGCCACGCAGAGGGGAGGCUCAGGACGGGGAUAAGGCAAAACAACUCCCGCACACAUUUGGGAACUGGCUGCAGGGAUUUAACGUUUUUGCGAGUAUCCUGGCGUGGCGGUUCCCAGAAAAGGCCCGCUCUCUGUUUGGCUAUAUUGAUUUAAUUUGGGGGGCUUAUAAGUUCUAUGGCGGGCAAUGUUGGUUUCGCUAUGACCAACAAUUCAGGCAGAAGAUGGCGGCGUGUCCGGGGAUAGAUUUUAGCGUGCAGGAUGGUAGCCUAUGGCUGCUACUGAUGACUCUGUGUAGGCCUUCGCAGGACAGAAAGAAGGAGUAUGCUGGCUCCUGUUGGUUCCGGCAUGAAUGCGCCCAUUGUGGAGGAGCGCAUCCCUAUAUGCGUUGCUUUAAAAAAAGGUAAGGGAGGGAUGAUGUAUCUAGAGGUGAGGACGCUGGUGAGCAUAGUAAGGAUGCGGCCGGGCUCGCUGGGUACCCCAAUAGGUGCACUGCAGACGUUUUGGAUGGGGGCUUUUCUGAGGGUUUUUGGAUACCGUUUGUUUUUUCAGAAGUUUUUUCUUUCGUGGAUAAUUUGAAGUCGGUGUUAGGGAAAAAGGUGAUUUUGCAGAACAAACUGGACAAUGAGGUCUGGUUGGGGCGGAUGGCGGGCCCUUUGACUUCCCCCCCUUUUCCAAUUUGCGUGUUUCCCCGUUGGGACUGGUUCCCAAGAAGGAAGCAGGGUCCUUCCUGUUGAUUCAUCUCCUUUCCUACACGGCCGGGGGAUUGGUGAAGACGACAUUGGGAGGGAGGUCUGCCGGGUGAGAUAUGCUUCCUUUGAUAGGGCGUUGGAAUUGGUGCAGGAAGCGGCGGCCUGUGCCAUUUCUCCUCAUUGCUUCGGUUGGCGUUGUGUGCCUAUGGAGUGGAUGUCUCUGGGUACUCUGCUCACUCCUUUCAGAUUGGUGCCACCAUGCAUGCGGGAGUCUUAAGUUAUUCAGCGGCUGUGAUUAAGCGUUUGGGCAGAUGGGACUCAGGUCGUUUUCGGCUGUAUCUUCGGCAAUGUGGUUUUAAUGAGGAGAGAUGGAGUUAAUCUGACGGGGAUUGGUCUGGACAUUUUUUACUUGGGACUACAGUCUGGGUUGGAGGUGGCGCUGGCUGCGGGGGCGCGAUGCCGACCAAAGGGGCUAGUCUCGGUCGACAUUGCGGUGGCGGUACUCCUGGCCAGCGAAAUGGAAAGUAUUGGGAAGCGAUGAGUCAACUUGAGGAUUCGCAGCCUGCCGAGGGCUGAUGGCGGUAGGCAGGCUGAUACAAACUCUGGACAAGGAAGUGGUACCUGUCUGUUGGGGGAAGUUACCCAACAGCUGACAGUUGGAUAGAAUCCUGAUCCGUUAAAAAGUUGUAAAAUGAAUAAAGCUGUGGCCGUUGCCCUUACCUAUAUUUCUGGUCUCAUGUGUUUAUGUUGGGGGCAAAGGGGGGAAAGGAUUGGUCAGCAGCCAUGGAAAAAAUUGAUAUGCUGAUAUGAAGUUAGUACCUCCAUUUGAGAAAUUUGUGUGAAGGACCAGAGCAUUAUAAGUGUCACACUGUUCAAAAAUGUUUGACUUAAGAGAUGGAUAGUGCCUUUGGACCUUUGGCAUUGUAACCAUUACAGUUGAGAGCAUCUUUAAUAAACCAGACUAAAUGGACUCAGGCUGAGGAUAAAACAGCAUGUCUUUUUAACAUGCAUGUUUUUAAAUUUUUAUCCUGUAUGUGGUGCCUCCGUAUUUCAAUGUAAAACAGAUUGAGGACAGUCACUUGCUGCAAACUGAUUCAGUUUUACAUAGAAACAAUAGAUCAAACUGCUAACUUAGUAGCCGUGAUACACUCACUUUGCCAACAGCUAGUACUGAUUGGACGGUGAUACGCUGAUGCUGACAAUUCACAGUUCCAGUCUGGUCAGCUGUGAGGAUAAGUUCAGCAUAGUCAUGCUACUACGCAAUGUAUCUACCAAGAUACCAAUAAUUUCAAUAAUGUACUUUGGCAAUCAGAAUAUAUUAUCAUUUUUUUUUUAUUAUGGUAUUUUUAUUAAAUGUAAUGCCUUUUAAAGUGCCACUAAGCUUGGAAAGUAUUCUUGUUUAUUUUGUAUAGCAAAAUUAUUUGUACUAUUUUAUAUAUGUUGUGCUUUCAAUAAAAAUAAAAUUACUGUUAAUCUCUAAAAAAAUUAAAGCAAAAGUAAAUUUUUUAUAACGCACUUAGAUUUGUGAAACUUCAAGCAUGCAUUAUUCCUGAUAUUUAGAAAAUCAUAACCAGCUACAGAUGGAGAAUAAUCAUCAAAAAUACUUACCUUAUUAUAUGUAUUUGUCUUAUUUUUAUAUCCACGUUAAUUUUUACAUUUAAAUACUGUAGGUUGUAGAAUUACGCAGGUGAUAAGAACACUAGACCAUGGGUAGGGUAUCAAAAAGGUGGGUCGCAAGCUGUUACAUACUUACAACUCCCAUAGCAUCAUGGGAACUGGGGUUCUACUACAGCUGGAGAUUUAUUUCCUGAACAUUCCGAUUUAGACCCUCAGAGUUUUUAUUGCAUAUGGUAAAAAAGGCAAAAUAUGGUAACCAUGUCCACAAAAGAGUCUGGAGCAAGAUUCGUAGCAAGGACAUCAGACACCGGGCAGGAAGUGCACUAUCUGUGUUGUGAGUUGUGCAUAAAGGACGUCUGUGUCCAUUGUGUGGGGUUUAGAUCUGUUUUGUGUGUUGGGUGGCUGUUUGUGGGGACAGCUGUGUAUCAUGUGUGAAAUGGCUGCAUAUAAGGAGACUGUGCGUGGCAUGUCUUCAUUAUACAUUUUUAUUUUAAAAACAUUUUUGUGCCCCUUUUUCCUCCUACUGUCUUACCUUUAAGUAGAGAUGGAGGCUACCAUCCCUGAUAUCUUUAGGUGGGCAUCAAACAGGCACAUGGGAGCAACCGCCCCUCCAUUUCAAUUAGUGGUGCUUUCAUAGUUUUAUUUAAACAGGUUUAUAAAGGUUGAUAAUUCAAUUCUGUGUUCAUUUUAAGAUUUUGCUUUCAUGUGACCUAUUGUUUGACAAAGUCUCAACCGAUUCCAUUUGGUGCGCAACAGUUUGUGUCUCCUGUUUCUCCUUGCAAAAUCAAAUUUAAUCAUGUGUGCCUUUUUUUUUUAAUUGUGCCCCUUGAUACAUCAAAUAAUGUGUACAGUUUGGGCAUAGACUGUUUAUCCUCUUUGCAACUGAUAUUUUUAAUACAUAUGAGUACUAACCACCAUACCCCAUUCAUGUUUGCAAACAGUGUAAUAACAAUGAUUACAUUUUGCAGCUAUUGCAAUAGUUGUUAUUCAGUAGCUUCAGGAUAAAUUUGCUAUUCAUGUGGGGUUUCCUUUAUUUUGGGAUAGCUGAGUGGGCCAAAAUGUUUAGUUGUUAGGAUAGCACAGAGUCCCAACAUGCAAAUCUAUGACAGCAGAGGAAAAAUGCAGAUAUUACUGGUCCUUAGGGUGGCAAGGUUUAACGUGUAGGAUAGAUCCUAUAGACUGUAAGCUCGCUUGAGCAGGGUCCUCUUAAUUCUAUCAUUCCUGUAAGUUUUCUUGUAAUUGUCCUAUUUAUAGUUAAAUCCCCCCUCUCAUAAUAUUGUAAAGCGCUAGGAAUCUGUUGGCGCUAUAUAAAUGGUGAUAAUGAUAACGAAUGAUGAUCAUAUAGACAGUCAAUAUACAUGCCAAGUUCAAAGGAGUACAGAGGAUCAACAAGACGUAUGAAGAGGCCCAGGUCAGGACAGGAGAGAUCAACGAAGUCAAAAUGCAAGCCAAUGUCAAAACCAGAUAAAUCAGUAACACACAGGAACGCACACUUGUUUAACUAAAUAACACAACAGGGCACUGAGCUUUAGCGUGAGCAAAUACAUCGUCACCACAAUGGCAAAACAUUAUAGAACGGCAAUGCUGGAAUGAUGCCGUAAUUGCGUAAUAUUUAGAAAAAGUUUUGUUCCAAAUAUAUCAUGUCACGUCAUUUAUGAAGCCAGUAUGAUGCAUCGUGUCAAUACAGAGAUUAGGAUUCCUAAAAGAACCCCUUGCGUGUAAAUCAAUACACCUUGUGGGUGCAUAUGUCUAUUAACAUGUCAUUGGUCAAGGAAUCCUGCUUAAAAAAAUUGAUGACGCACAGCCGCAUUAGUUAAAAUGUUGCUGGUUAAGGUACGCUGCGUCAACACUGAUGCACAGUAUUGUUAAACAUAACAGAAUGAUGCUGUCUAGAAGUGGGUAUCCUUAACCCCUUAAGGACCAAACUUCUGGAAUAAAAGGGAAUCAUGACAUGUCACACAUGUCAUGUGUCCUUAAGGGGUUAAGUUUGUAUGGCAUGAAUACUGGUCUGCAUGUUGCAGAAUUUCAGAUAGUUGUGCUCCAGAUCUGUAUACUUUCCAUAGUAUAUAUGCAGGACCGCCAUCAGGGGUUGACAACCAUAACGGUUGUCACGGGCCCGGUGAUCCUGGGAGGCCCGGCCGCCGAGGCCUCACAUGUGGGGCCCAUCGGGUGGCCCACACACUUAGGGCCACCUGAUGGGCCCUAUAUCUCAAAGGGCCGGUCAGCGCUGUGGCCAUGGUAUAGCGCGACCGGGCCCCUUUAAAAAAAAAAAAAAAACAGCCGCAAGUGCUCCUGGGAGGAAGUGGUCACUUCCUCCCUGCUCACUCCGCGCGGGAGGAGCGCGCGCGCCGGUGAAAAGGGAGAGCCAGGCAGCGAAGAGAGAGCCGCGCCGACUCCCCUUAGCCCCAGCCACACUCCUGCAAAGAAAAGGUAAGAGACAGGAGGGUGGCUGGAAAAUGAGCUGUGUGUGUAUGUGUGUGUGUCUGUCUGUCUGUAUGCAUGUAUGUGUAUCACGUAUGUAUGUCUGUAUGUCUGUCUGUAUGCAUGUAUGUCUGUCUGUAUGUAUGUGUAUGUAUGUCUGUAUGUAUGUCUGUCUGUAUGUAUGUAUGUAUGUUUAUGCAUGUCUGUCUAUGCAUGCGUGUAUGUCUGUAUGUAUGUGUAUGUAUGUAUGUCUGUAUACAUGUAUGUCUGUAUGUCUGUCUGUAUGUCUAUGUAUGUCUGUCUGUGUAUGUAUGUAUGUCUGUAUGUCUGUAUGUAUGUGUAUGUCUGUAUGUCUGUAUGCAUGUAUGUAUGUCUGUCUGUAUGAAUGUAUCUCUAUGUAUGUAUAUGUAUGUCUAUCUGUCAUGUAUGUCUAUGUAUGUAUGCAUGCAUGUAUGUCUGUAUGUAUGUCUGUAUGUCUAUGUCUGUCUGUAUGUCUGUAAGCAUGCAUGUCUGUCUGUAUGUAUGUCUGUAUGUAUGUGUAUGUCUGUAUGUCUGUCUGUAUGUCUGUCUGCAUGCAUGUCUGUCCGUAUGUCUGCAUGCAUGUAUGUAAGUCUAUGUAUGUCUGUAUGCAUGCAUGUCUGUCUUUUUGUCUGUCUGUAUGUAUGCAUGUCUGAAUGCAUGUAUGUCUAUGUAUGUAUGUCUAUGUAUGCAUGUAUGUAUGUCUGUCUGUAUGCAUGCAUGUCUGUGUGUAUGUCUAUGUUUGUCUGUCUGGCUGUAUGCAUGCAUGUAUGUCUAUGUAUGUAUGUCUGUGUAUGUAUGUAUGUGUAUGUCUGUAUGUAUGUAUGUCUGUAUGUAUGCAUGUAUGUCUAUGGAUGUAUGUAUGUCUGUAUGCAUGCAUGUCUGUGUGUAUGUCUGUGUGUAUGUCUAUGUUUGUCUGUCUGUCUGACUGUAUGCAUGCAUGUAUGUCUAUGUAUGUAUGUAUGUCUGUGUAUGUAUGUAUGUGUAUGUCUGUAUGUAUGUAUGUAUGUAUGCAUGCAUGUAUGUCUAUGGAUGUAUGUAUGUCUGCCUGUAUGUAUGCAUAUAUGUAUGUCUGUAUGUCAUUAUAUAUGUAUAUAUGUAUGUCUGUAUGCCAGUAUGAAUGUAUGUCUGCAUAUCAUUAUGAACGUAUGUCUGUGUGUAUGUGUGUAUGGAUGUCUGUAUGCAUGUCUGUCUGUCAGUAUGUCUGUAUAUAUGCAUGUAUGUCAGUCUGAAUGUAUGUAUGUAUGUAUGUCUGUAUGCCAUUAUGGAUGUAUGUCUGUGUAUGUCUGUAUGCCAUUAUGAAUGUAUGUGUGUAUGGAUGUCAGUGUCUGUAUGUCUGUCAGUAUGUCUGUAUGUGUGUAUGUCGGUGUCUGUAUGUAUGUGUCUUUAUGUCCUCAUGCAUGUGUGUCUGUAUGUAUGUUAGUAUGUGUCUAUCUGUCACUAUGUAUGCUUGUGUGUAUGUCUCAGUAUGUGUGUGUCAGUAUGUAUGCCGGUAUGCGUGUAUGUCUGUUUCAGUAUGUGUGUCUGUUAGUAUGUAUCUGUGUCCUUUUGUAUCAGUGUGUGUGUUUGUGUCUGUGUGUGUAUUCCUGUGGGCGGUAUUUGGAGGUGGACCCAGUGGGCGGUAUUUGGAGGCGAGCCCCAGGGGGCCCAGACCCUGAGCUGAGUUAGGGGCCCCAAAAUUUCUGGUGGCGAACCUGUAUAUAUGUAUUAACUUUACCAUACAUGGCUCUGCACAAAUGCCAACACUGUGAAUUGUAGUCUUCAGCAUGUUAAAAGGGCAAACGUCACACAGACAUCACACACUCAUUAACCAGGUCAAAUGAAAUCCUUAUCCAUUUGCAUUUCGUUUUCCUCUCCUACAAAAAUGUGUUUUAUGGCAGCAUUAUUAAAAUGUGGGAUAAACUCUUCCGAUAAUAAUGUACAGUUUGUAUAUUCAUUUAUAGCUCUUUUGACUGUAAUAACCACUUAACCUUUAGUCUUGUGGUUUAUAUGUUACAGAACCACUCAACUGCUGAGUUAUUUGGAAUAGUUGGGGGUACGGUAUCGUAUGUGUAAACCAUUGUGGUUUAUAAAGCCAUUAUGUUUUAGUAACAUAAAUUUUACAGUUUCAAUUACAGAAGUAACUAUCAAGUACAGAUGUAAAAUUUAUGUUCAGCAUUACCUAAUUUACUCAUUGUGAUGAAAAGGCUAUACAAAUACCACGGGUGUGUUCUGUUUUAAAACAUGGAAGUAGAGAGACAAGCAUAACAAUAGUGUUUAAAUAUGCUGAAAUAUUGGGUUAGCCAGCUCAGAGAUUUCUCAGGGAAAAUGAAGCAUCUGGCAACCCAGGCUGGGUGAAAAUUCAAAUAUCAUACCUUUAGCAUGAUAGGGAAGGCACCUGAGGCAUGCUGGCACCAAUAGUGGUUGUGGUGUGUAUAUGCCCUUUUUUAAAAUAAAUAAAAAGUGUAAUUUUACAGAAUAAAUUAACACAGAUGCAUAAUACAAUGUAAUUUUUGUAGUUAACUCUAUAUUUAGUUACAAUAUUAAACUAGUGUUAGUGGGAUAUCAAUGCUGUUCUCCUAGAAGUGGUGACAACAUGGAAAUAUGUACAGACUUAGUGGCACAGACAUAUGACCACUAGCUAGGCCUAAGGACCCAGAUGUAGAUCGACACCAUCUCUGAUGAAUUGUUGUACCAUUGGUGGAACUACCACAGUCGCAAUGGUCAGGACCACACCCUAAAGUUCUGCCUGUCAAGGGGGACCCUUGCCCGGCUGGGAGCACCCAUUGCAAAAUGGUUAUUUAGUGUUUUACCAAUUCAGAAAUAUACUAAAUAAAUUAAUUUCAGCCAAGCACGAGGGGAUGCGGGCACAGUAAUCCGAUUGUGUUGCACCCUCGUGAAGUCUCAGUCCUGGGGUAGCACAUUUUACAUAGUAACGCAUAGUGCGCUGCAUCCACUACUGGCCAAGGCUUACUGGGGCAGCAGGGCAAGAGAACAAAUAACAGCAAGAGGGGCAAGUAGAGGGAGCAGCAUGAGAGGAAUAGGGGCAAGAAGAGGGAGCAGCAUGGCAGCAAUGGGUGGCAGGAAGGAAAGGGCCAGCAGCUGUCUCCUCUCUCAUACUCUGUAUGUGACAGAGAGAAACAGCUUGCAGUGUAGGCCCUGAUAGUUUGUGUGUGUGUGUGUGUGUCUGUAUGCGUAUGCCUGUAUUUGCCUUGUAUGUGCUUGUUUGUGUGUAUCUAUGUAUGCCUGCCUGUGUAUGCCUAUGUCUGUAUGUGUGCAUGUGACUGUGUAGUCUGUCUUUUGUCUGUAUGCACACCUGUGUCUCUGUGUGCCCGUCUGUGUAUGCCUGUGUCUGUGUAUCCUGUUUAUGCACCCUGCCUGGGUGUGUGCCUGUUUGUGCCUAUCCACACUUGGAGGGUAAAAACAUGCACCUUUAUUUAUUUUGCUCAGUUUUUACUCCAUUACUGAACUUAUUUUAAUACUGGAAUUUUUGGUUUCCUGGUUUUAGUCUACAGUACCAGUUCUCUUUGAAUUCUCUGUACAGAAUGAUUCUUUGCUGCUAACCUCGGAAUGCUCAGAACUGAGUAAUUCUUUGCAAUCCUUUGCUGUGCUUGCAAGCACUUGGAAGGGUUAAUCAAACAUGCCAUGCCCCAAGGUAGUAGUCUCUGAAAUAAUAUUUGGAAAGAUCCUGGCUUUCAACAGCAUGACAAUAAAGAUGAUGUACUAUUUCACAAUGCACUAUAAGUAGCUCGUGCGUGUAUGUCACCUGUGCCCAAAUGCACAGUUGUUUAAAUACCAGUCCCUUUUUUCUCGUUACCCUUUUACAGUAGGGAACUGGAUUAGCGAUUCAGCUUAGCAUUUAAUAAGGCAUCGCAUUUUCCAUAGCUUACUUAAAACAUGCUGAAACCUGUUCAGUAUGAAGCUAUGUUGGUAAAUUAUAGCAUUCAUUUUACAAAAAUGUAAUGCAGUCAAACUAAGGGGCUUAUUCACUAAGCUGUACAUUGUUGACAAAUGAAUCACAACAUUUUGAUUAACAAAAUAAACAUGUCACCAACUCAUUCGUUUUUUCAUCUUUACUUUCUGGUCUAAAUUCUGCAAAUAUCCCACAGUUUACAUUUGAUUCAAAACCACCUUAUCAAUUGAAAAGAUAACGUAAUAAUUUAGAUUAAGUGGUAACUAACCUAUGCUUAAAGAGGCAACGUAGGUGCCCUACAGUGCUAUGCAUAUGGUAAUGGUUUGUAUUAGUUUACAUUAGUUAUGCUCUAUUGUUCAAGUUCUGAACCAAAUCAAAUCAAAUCAUAGAAUUUGAGCUAUAUAUCAUUUUGUUCAGGAGAAAUACUGCUUUUAUUACACACCAAAUAUUUAUAUAUGGAACAUAAUUUAAUAUGAAUAAAAAAGUGUGAAUAUGUAUUUCACAAGUUCUGAAUUGUAUUGUAACUGUGAAUGUCAUAAUACUUUUAGCUGUCACUGCUGCAAUAUAGCACACAUAUUGUAUUCUGUGAUGUAACAUGCAUUCAAUGGUACCCCCCCAUAGCCAGGUUUCAUGGUGUUUUGGAAAGUUACAGGGUCAAGUAAAGAGCUUGCCCAUUUCAGUUUUUACACACUGAAAUUUGCCAAAUUUGUUUGCUGGGUCUAUGUUGUCUUUUAGACUGUAUGAAAAUUACCCCCAUUCUGUCAUAACAUUUACAAAAGUAGACAACCCAGUGUAUUCAAAAUGGGGUAGGUCCAGUUUUUUUAGUAGCCAUUUAGUCCCAAACCCUGGCCAGUUGAGCAUUCAUAUUUGGUAUUUGUAUUUUUCACAAAAAAACUGUCUUUUCACUGAUGAUAUCAUCAGCAUUAUACAUUUUACUGCUCUAAAACACACAUAUUUGUGUUCAGCAAUGUCUCACGAGUACAACAGUGAGACAUUGCAUGAGUACAGUACACUCAUGCACCGUUCUUUAAUGGGGUUUUGGAAAGUUACAGGGUCCAAAACAGGGCCUGCAUUUCUCUGUUAUUUCUGCCUUGUUUGUCAGGCAGGUCUCCAAUAUUUAAUUAAUAAAAUAAUAUAUUUUAUAUAUAAAUUAUAUAUAAAUUCACUUAAUCCCCUUGCAGCCAAUCCCGCCGAUCCGAGUUGUGAUCUCAUGUUGGCAUAAUCAGGCGAGGAGGCUGAGUAUUUGGGCUGGAGGUAGGGUCCACUUGUUUGGUCGUGCUAUACCACCCCAAUGGCAUUAAAGCCCUCCUCUUAUAGGACAUCAUAGUACGCCCCUAAGGGGUUAACUUUUGGUAAAAGUGAUCUCCGCCUCUUAACCUGCAGGGUUUCCUUUAUUCAUUGCAGUACUACAGUUUAUGAUGUCUUCUAGGGAUGCACCAAAAUUUCAGCCGCUGAAAUUUUUGGCAGAAAAUGGGUCUAUACCGUUUUGGCCAAAAACUGGUCAAAUUUGCAGAAAUUAAAAAAAAAAUAAAAAAAUUUUUGUAGAUAUUUUUUGGGGGGGAGUGCAUAGUUUAAUAGACAACAUGUUUGCAUUAACAAUUUGGAUGAUUAUAUAUCACAAUGAAAGAUAGUAAUGGGACAGGGGGAGAGAACACUAUGGGACAGGGGAAGGGGGGAAAGAACACCAUGGGACAGGGGAGUGGGGAAAGAACACCAUGGGACAGGAGAGGGGGGAAAGAACACCAUGGGACAGGGGAGGGUGGGAAAAAAAAACACUAUGGGACACGGGAGUGGGGGUCACUAUGGGACUGGGGAGGAGGGGGGAAAGAACACUAAAAAAGAGGGAGGGGAGAGGAACAUUAAGUGGGAGAAGCACUGAAAGAGAAGGGAGAAGGGAAGUUUUUCAUAUUAGAUUACUUAAAUUCAUUAAAAAGUCUAAUAUUAAUAACAUUUUCGGAAAAAAAAACUUUUUUAAAUCAUUUGGGGGAAAAAGUCAUUUUUGGUUUCGAUUUUUGGCCCAGAAUUUUCAUUUCAGUGCAUCCCUAAUUGUCAUCACAUAUAUAGUAUAAGUAGUGUCCUACGUUGAUUCACAAACGCUCUUGGAGUUUAAGCCCUUUCAGCUGUGUUGCAGUCAUUUCAUUCAUAAAAAUUAAAGCUAAUAGCAGUGACACUGCUCUUUUUACAACCUUUCACCAACAGUUUAAUUUGUGGGUUUUUAUGAAUGAAUUGCAACCUACGUACCACAAACCUUCAGUCUUGUAAUGGAUCCAAGGGAACAAUAGACAACCGAGUGGAACUAUUACCAAGACUCUUGGAUAAGCUCUUCCAGCCAGUAGAGAGAUCAUGGAAAUUUCCGCUGUUAAGAUCUAGCUCUCUGGCAUUAAUAGUGGAGGAGCAACAUCUGGUGUACCCCAGGUAAGCAGUCAAAUCAUUCAAAAAUUAUUACUGGUAUUUAUAUAGCGCCAGCAUAUUCCGUAGUGUUUUACAAUUUUAUCAAAGGGGGAGAUUUAACAAGAAAUGAGAAAAUUACAAAAACGUACAGGAACAAUAGGUUGAAGAGGACUACUUAAAGGGACACUAUAGUCACCAGAACAACUACAGCUUAUUGAAUUUGUUCUGGUGAGUAGAAUCAUUACCUUCAGGCUUUUUGCUGUAAACACUAUCUUUUCAGAGAAAAUGCAGUGUUUACAUUACAGCCUAGUGAUAACUUCACUGGCCACUCCUUAGAUGGCUGUUAGAGAUCGUUCCUGGGUCAUGGCUGCCUAAAAUGCAUCCAAACAUUCAGUAUCUCCUCCCUCUGCAUGCAGACACUGAACUUUCCUGAGAGAGAUUCAUUGAUUCAAUUCAUCUCUAUGAGGAGAUGCUGAUUGGGCAGGGCUGUGUUUGAAUCAUGCUGGCUCUGCCCCUGAUCUGCCUCCUUGUCAGUCUCAGCCAAUCCUAUGGGGAAGCAUUGUGAGUGGAUCAGGCUACCACUUCUGAUUAUGUCAGCAGACUGCUUGUUUUUCUGAGUUAGACAGGGCAGAGCCAGCAGCUUCAGGCUUGAAUAUAGUAAGAUUUUUACUAUAUUUAUGGAGGCAUGAGGUGCCCAGGGGGGCUAGAUGGUGGUUUUAACACUAUAGGGUCCGGAAUACAUGUUUGUAUUCCUGACCCUAUAGUGAUCCUUUAAGAUGCAGUGCACCAAUGGGCUCCUGAAACCAUAAUCAUUACAGAGAGAUGUAGUGGUGAUAGUGCUAGGAGUUUACCUUUAAUGUCUACAAACACUUAAUAUAUUCUCUAUUAGAGAUGUUUAUUGCAUAUUUAAGUAUAUUUAAGCACUAAAGCCAGUCUAUCAGCAUGGUGUAUGUGUUUGAAUGAACUGAAUAUGAAUGAACAUUUCAUGGUGUUCUGGUGUAGGUGAUAUGGCAAUAUAUUGGAACAUUAGUCUUUGCCGUUUGUGUACGUCCAGUUUGAUGAAUUCUAUGUAUUACAGUAUCAACGGAUGUGAGAAGUGUGCUGAAGUUGCAACACAAGAGUUGGCUAUGUGACCCUGUUGAUAUCUUUUUAACCACGAGCAUCCACUGAUUGUUGGUAUUAGCAAUGCUUAAAGUGGCACUAUAGGAUCAGGAACACAAACAUACAUUUCUGACCUUAUAGUGUUAAACCCACCAUCUAGCCCCCCUGGCCCCUCUUGCCUCCCUAAAUAUAGUAAAAUCAUACUUGUCCCUGUUUGCAGCCUCUGCCUGCUGACAUCAUCAGAAGUGGUGGUCUGAGUUAAUCACAGUGUUUCCCCAUAGGAUUGGCUGAGACUGUCAAGGAGGCAGAGCCAGCACAAGUCAAACACGGCCCCGGCCAAUCAGCAUCUCCUCAUAGAGAUGAAUUGAAUCAAUGAAUCUCUAUGAGGAAAGUUCAGUGUCUGCAUGCAGAGGGAGGAGAUACUGAAUGUUUGGAUGCAUUUUAGGCAGCCCUGACCCAGGAAGGAUCUCUAACAGCCACCUGAGGAGUGGCCAGUGAAGUUAUCACUAGGCUGUAAUGUAAACACUGCAUUUUCUCUGAAAAGACAGUGUUUACUGUGAAAUGCCUGAAGGUAAAGAUUCUACUCACCAGAACAAAUGCAAUAAGCUGUAGUUGUUCUGGUGUCUAUAGUGUCCGUUUAAAGGCUGCUUUUUAGUGACAAUCAUGGAAAGGACACAAUUGUUUGUAGACAGAGAGAGAGCAGCAUUCUGGGCCUUCUUUUCCUGUUUUGGUUAAGGACCCUUAUAACUGGACUUAUGCCUGGAAAUAUAGAGCUCAUAAGUGUGCAAUGCCACUGUGAAAGAGAAAACCUGUACUCCAGUUACUAAGGCUGCCCAGAAGGAACUGUAGAUUCAGGCAGAGAUCUUUCUGUCAUCGUACCUCCACCAUUCAACAUAAGCAGGGCAGUAAACAAGGCUCCACUGCUGAGUGAUGUAAUCAAGAGCACACCAUCAGCUGCUAGCAGGCUCAUCUUUACGCGGCAAGUCAGCUGUCCAUGUGGUUGGACAUCCUCUGCUACACAGCCAUCCAGGGCAUACAGAAAGAAGCUUCAGAAUGUUAUAAUUGGGAAGAUUCCAGAUUUACUACAACUAUUAUACAGAAAAGAAAAUGCAUUAGUGAUAAAUUAAGAAUUGGUUUGCAAGUAUUAAAUAUGAAGACUAAUUUAGGUGAGUUAAUUAUGAGGAUCAAGUCACAAGUGAUUGAAAAAUACAAGUGAGAAGAAGCCCACCUAAAUAUUGGCACUCAUGUUAACAUGGACUCUAAAUAGCCUCUAUAAGCUCAGCCACCUUCUCAUUACAGGCUAUGUACCUCCUCACCUCCACCACCCUCUUGGUAGGAAACCUCAUAUGUUGGCAAUGCUUGUUGGGUUUUCUUUAGAAAUAGAAUAAACUCUAGUUUGGCUAUUAUUAACCUACAUUGUGCAAUCCAGUUGUCAUCUUACCUCAGAUUCAUGUAUAUAUAAUAGAGACAUUAAUUGUGUGUUUGCCAACAAUUUAAAUGUAAAUUACUAGACUGCAUGAGCAUCAUGGAAAAAUAAGUUCUCAGCAUAUGAAUUGUGGAGUUCUGUCCCAUUGAGAUCAAAAUUUCUAAUAGAAAGUUCCAUUAUUGUAUUUGCUCUUACACGUUAUUUUUAUGUUUCUAUUAUUACUUUACCUACCAUACGUCCCUCAUUCACGCAGAUCCAACCACUUUUGUGCCCAUACAGUUGAGGCGUUACUGGGAGCUACCCGAAAAACGGAACAAAUAUUUUUCUUUUUAUUUCGCAAACUAGACAACUACCUUUGGCAACUUGGGAGGCCAUGUCAUAGGGAGUUAAAAUAUUCUUAUGGGUAUAUAAGUAGCACUCAAGUUAGCAUGUGAACUUGCAAUAUAAAUCAUGAAUAAGGUGGCAGAAUGAAACAAAAUAUGUACGUAGCUAAUUAUCCCUUUAAGCAACAUCACAUUUAUUAUUAGAAAAAAAUGGAGAACGCAUUAUACCACCCAGGCACUACAUAAAGCACACCAGGUGGCCUUCCCAAAUUGAGCAACCAUGCAAGAAAUAAACUGGUUCAGUUUGUUACUCUGUAACCAACAAAAUUCUUGUGAGAACGUCAAGGUUCCGUGUCAGAGAUGGGAAUCAUUGUUUACAUAUCAACAUGAAGCCGGUUCCUACACAUAGCUGAAUUAUAUGGACAGGUGGAAAAAAGAAAGUAAUUACUCAAAAUACCUCAUCUCGCAUAGCAUACUUAGUUUAUGGAAAGGGUGUAGAUGAUAUCCUACAUCUGAGGGAGGGGGUGAUAUUUUGUGUUCAGGCAAGAGAGUAAUUUAAAGUGGUUCUGUCAUCGGAUACUUUCGUUGCACCAUCAUAGAGCACUUUACAAACUGCCAUACCUGCCAUUUAUCAUUUUAAAACUGGUCAGCAGGUUUUUUUUUAAUCUUAUGGUCGAACAAAUGAUUUUUAUCUAACAUGGACUCCGUGUGGGUAUGUUGGACAUGUAGCGUUAUGACAUAACCCUGCCCAAUGGAACAUUGGGAUCUAAUUAGUUGUACUGACAGAUUCCAAUUGAUGGCUGACUUCACAAGCACUCCAUUCCUCCUGCAUCUCCUGCAUCAGGGGACAUGUAAGACAAGGAAAAUAACAAGAAGGGGACAGGAGCCACUCCAAAAACUCAUGAAAAAUGUGUGCCAUGAUUGAAUGGAGUGGCUAGACUUGCUUACCCGUUGUUUACCAUUUUGCGAGCUGUGUGAUUAGUCAUAUAAUGCUCCCUUGUUUUCUCACAUCCCUUAGUAUAAUCCAAUUUUUCCAUACUCCGCACCUCUCAGUGCUGUUCCUGUAGUUGAGAGUACUUUUUUGUGCCAGGCAGGGUGAUAAAAUUGUGUGGAAAAUUGGAGAUGUGGAUCAACGUGAUUUGUCAUUACCCCUGAAACAUUCUAAUGUGGAGAUCUGGCAAUUUCCCCACCAGUCCCAAAGAACCAGUACCUGAUCCACAUCUAAUGGAAAAAGAUUAGUCAAUUAUUCCCAUAUAUAUAUAUAUACAUAUAUAUAUAUAUAUACACAAUAUAUAUCUGCUAGACAUUUUACACAUUGACAAUAUAUGUAGAUUACAUUAUAUUGUGUACCUUAGAAAUAGAAUAGCCCAGUAUGAGGAAGCUGGAGAUUCAGUAGUAGAAAAAAGACUGAAUGUACCGUAAAUUGAGAUAUCCUAUCUAUCAUAAUUGGUGCACUUUAUGGUAAUGCACUCUAUUAAUAAAAUCUGGACUUUUGGGUUGAAUGAUACACUACUUUUUUGAGGUUUAUGUUAUUUUUUUUUACAAAUUAUUAGCAGAAUUGUUACUGUAAUUUAAAUGAACACUCUAAGUACCAUAACCACAACAGUCUGCAACAGUGGUUAUGGUGUGCCACGAGUGAGCUGGCUCCCCCCAUUGUAAGUCAAACUGUUUUUGAAUGGUUUUACUUCUUACCUUGGUGAACCAGGUGCUGCUCCCCGCCUCCACUACUAAAGCCAGAGAGCUGGAAGUUCCUAAGCAGUGCAUGGCUUAGCUAAUUGGCUGAGAGCAAUCAGCUCAGCUGUUGUGGUUAUGGUGCUUGGAAUUUUCCUUUUAAACAUGAAAAUACAUUUUCCUCAGUUAUAUUCAUUUGCAGUUUCUUCUAACACGAAGAGCCUGCAAAGGUGACCAAAUGUUUUGCCUUAGGAAGAGAUUUGCCUUGAGUAAUGAUUUGACAUCAGGUUUCUAGGCUUAGUUUCCAGGGCAAAGAUCGAGCUGUAGCUUGAGGGCAAAAUCAAUGAGUGGCAAACUAAAGUAUGUCAGUUACAAGAGCAACAGAGGAUAUGCAUCUUCUUAAGUUGUGCUUAAUGGGAUCGUUAUGCGCGUAGAAGUCAGAGUUACGCAACGCCUGAACAAUAUGUGAACAGUGAACAGGGCAACAUUACCUAUUACACAACACCGAGGUCUUUUAGCUAAUCAAGACAGGUCACCAACACUCAGCCAUGUCUAAAGCUGAAAUCAUUUAAAAAUAUUUUCGAUGAAUCACUAACAUUCUGUGGUUUUACAUGAGCCCACAACAUACUAAAAUACUGCAUAAAAAGAUACAAUCCAGCGGUAUUUAAUGUGCACUGUACGUGUUUGGUAAAGGAAUAUAUUUUUAAAUCUAAAGUCACAAAUGUUAUAAAGUGUCUCUCUUGUAUCUGGCAAAUUGGGAUUUACCUAUGGCAGCUGGGUGUCUGACACCAUUCCUCCCAUGAAAAAGAAAAACCUAUAGAAAUGUAAUAGUACUUUUGGUAAUUUUUUAAUGGUAAUCUUUUUAUUAUACAUUUUAAAUGGAGACUCCAAGCACCAUAACUAUUGCAGUGGUCAUGGUGCUAGGAAACUGUAUAUAAAAAGUUACCUUCUAAAUCCUCAAGAGAUUUUUGACAUGCUGACACCACCUGCUUUCAUGUGACAUCAUAUUGGGUAGUCUCCGGGCAGUAUCCAAUGUUACGACAAGCAGGACUCUGUGGAUUUCUGUGCCUUCUCUUCAUCAGGAGUUGGUAAAGCAUCACAGUUCAUUAGGGUCGCAGGUUUAAAUCCCGGCAGGGUUGACUCAGCCCUUCAUCCUUCCGAGGUAGAUAAAAUGAGUACCAUUAAAUUGGGUAAUAGUAAAAAUCCCUGGAUGUUGGGCUAAGGUAGCAUAACCAGGACAUACUUGAAAACCAGAGUAAUCUGAAGGUACCUUUCCUGGUUAUAUAUUUUGUUAUUAUUAUCAGUAGUAGUACAUACCAUAUGUCUUUUUUCACAGACAUUUUUAAUUAGUGUGUCCCAGCAGGUUGCUGCAGUAUCAAUGGUCCUUCUGACUCCUUGGACUGUCAUUGGGAACAGUUGGGAGAUAACGCCACGAUAUCUGUGGUGCACUUCUGGGUCCCCCACUUUUGCUUCUGCCAAUCUUGUUCUUCUCCUCCCUCCUGCAGUUGUGGACCGCAUACACAGGAUGUUCCUUAGAGGUUGCCAUGGGGUUGGUAUAGUGGGUUAUUUACUAUGCUGCAUGUGAAUGGCUUAUAAGCCUCCUUAAAGCAAGGAUUGUAUCAGUAAGAGCAGAUGUUAAUAGCAGUAGGUCACAAUAUCUGGACGGGGUCAAAACAAUUUGGUAAUUUGUUACCGCUAAUAGCUACCCACUGUUUUUAUAGCAACAGCGUACAUGACACAUUGGAAGUAAGCUCUGAGUUUGGAAAUAAAUCCAGAGUCAUGGUGGCUAGCCCCCAGCACACAAUUACUAACAUCUAUGUAUGUGCAGUAAAACAGUAGACAUACUGACUCCUACCACCAUAACCACUUCAAAUAACUAAAGUAUUCAUGUUGUAAAGUAUAUAUAUUUUUACAGUUCUUUUUUUAUAGUUCUCUGAACUGUACACCAGGUAUGCAUAAUAAUAAAAAGAUUGCUGACAUUUCCUUUCCUAAGAAAUCUGACAUUGUUCAAAUCUCCUCUAGGGAAAUAUUUGAUAUAAUUACAUUCUGUAACUCGAAGCAGCGGGUUGUAGAAAGAUUUAAGCUUGGUUUCUGCAUUUUACCCAAUACAUAGUAUAAUAUUCCCCAUUUUGUAUAAUAUUCUCCAGUAAUGUUUACUGUUCCUUUAAUAGUUGUUUAUCGGGUGUUUUGUUGUUUAAAUUCAGGAAAAUUCCAGACUUUUAUUUUGGAAACUGAAAUAAAAAUGUUCAAUAAAUUAUAAAUUAACUGGGAAUAACUUAUCAGCUAAACUGUAAGUUUGAAGGUCGUUAUGUUCAACUUAGGCCUGAAAAAUAGCAGAUAUUUUUUUGUCUCUUUUAUAUUGACCUGCACUUUCUCAGCUAGCUACAACUUAUUCUUACUCUUAAUAAUCUUGUUUUAGCUGGCAAAGAAUCUCCUGACUUAGGCUGAGUCUGGAAGGAGGGUAACUUGAUCAAUAAUAUAAGGUGGUUGGGACAUCCUUUUUUGGACUGCCUUAGCAGGUGGUAAAUCAAUAACCCGGUGUCGGUAGCAGGAAACGCCUUUAACCCAAGUGUUAGUGCAGGGGAAUCUCAAACAUAUAUGCAGAAGAUAAAUAGUACUUCAGGUUAGCUGCAGAAAGGAAGUUUAAGUAUUUGAGGCCUUUAAAUCUUUUGUGGGCAUGUCUAAAAUGUUAAAACCCCUUCGGUGAACUCAAUAUCAUAUGGUCUGCUAUGUUCUUCAUUGCUCCUGCAAGUUGUACUCUGUGAGCACAGCUAGCUGGGGGGAUCUAAUGAGACUGAAAGAAUUUCAGCAGCUUAACACAUAAUUUAUAGUGCAGCCUCUUCAGUGAAAAAUGAGUUAUGGGAAUAUAUAGAAUCUUGCAUUUACAUGGUGGAUACAAGAGUUCCAGGCACAGCUAGAGUUUUCAACAUUUUAAGCAGUCAAACAUUUGUACAGGGAAAAAUGUGUGAUUAUUUCCUUCAGAAUGGAUAUUAUAUGAUACUAGAGGAACAAUUACAGUAUGCAAAGAUCAGGCCUUAAAAAUAAAAAUUCCCGUGACCGAAAUUCUCAAUGCAGUACAACAUUUUGAUAGCCCGGUGGAAGAACCUUAGUUCUGAUAUCUCAAAACUUGGUAUCAGCAACUGCAGUCACUUUAUGGGUCGCCAGAUAAACAUGCGUUCUGUAUCUUAAUUGUUCACUACUCCAUUAGUAACAAAGGCUGGUUAGGACCUUCCAGGGCAACAAUAAAAAUAUGGUCGUACUUACUGUAUUCAGCACAAUAAACAGGACAGGAUUUCAGGAGAUCUCUUCCCUACUUGUGCUCAGGUGUUUCAGAAAACAAAAGACCAGCGAUACCCGCUUUGUGAUAAAGAAGUGAUAUAAUAACAUUUUGUCCUGUUGGUAGGUCAGUAGGAUAGUUAUUAAGAGCACAAGUUUAUAUAGUAUGUUCAUUGUUGUAUUUCCUGAGGUUAUUAGUUUGCACGCCCCAAAUUUCCAGAGAAAUACACCUUAGUUUACUAAACUUACUGUCAAGAAAAUAAUGAUCUACAAAUAUACCGUAGUCCAAAUUGUGGAGAGAGGGUGACUUGCACAAGGUGUGUCAUCAGGGCAGGAUUUACCCUCCUUGCUCCCCCAAGGCGAGUUUACAUGUAUAUUGUAAGGUGGACAGGGGCUGCUUAAAAAAAAAUGUUAGAUUAAAAUAAAAUAAAAAUCUAAAGUGUAUUUCUCCCUCCCUGAUGCUUACCUUGGUCCAAGGAGGGGGGAACCUGAUGAUCCCUGGUGGACCUGUGGCAGAUGUUGCACCCAGUGGGUGCAGACAGAUCCUUCUGGCCAGUGCAGAGUCCAGGCUUUGCAGUGAGUUUCUAAUACAAUGAAAUUUUAUCUGCACUUGAAACCGCGGCCGUGCAGCAGAUCUCCACAUCAGUUUGGCCCCAUGGCUAGAGAAUUGGCUGGCCGGCAAUCUUUGAUCUCCCCACCGACCGUGCCACCCCUCGCCUGCCUGCUGUCCCAAGUAUGGCUAUUACCAGACCUGCGUGUCAUCAUAAAAUGUAUUUGCCCUAGUGCUGAUAUGUGAACUGGCAGUCCCUCAACCUCCCACAUGGACAAGGAAAGUUUUUUGCUGUCCAGGAGUAAGACACCAGAUAAAUAAUUCACAAUGGUCAGCCAUGUGACUUGGUUGCGGAUCCUAUGGAAUCGGGGAUAGCUCGUGGUUGAGGAAUCCUACCCACAGAUAUGUAUAAAUAUACUCCCCCCCUGUAAAAAAAAGUUGAUCUAAUUAAUUUCCCGUAGCAAUACAACUAAUACUACAGCUUUGUAUUUAAAGCAGUGAUGGCCUUCAUCAGAGCUUUAGAUGGGCUUUUUUUAGAGCAUACAAGUAAUUAAUACAUUGCCUUGAACACAGGAAGACUGUACUACCUUCUUGUAAUUGGACAGCGUUAAGACUCCCGCCGAGUGAACAAAUCUGGUUCUCAAACAUUGGGACUAAAGUCUUGUGUGCUCAAGCCAAAACCUUGUUCAGGUUGAAGGGAUUUUCCCAGCACGUCCCCACUUCGCUUGCUCUAUUUAUUUCAAUUUGUCAUAAUGAAAUAUUUUAAACAAUAGAGAUUAUUUAUCAAAGUUCAGAGAAUGUCACACUGGCACAUUACAUACAUUUCCAUUAAUGAAUGCAAUAUGGAACUUUGUGUACUGAAGAUGAAUAUAAAAUAAAUAAAAUUGACAACACUGUGUUCUAAAACCUUGUAUACAAAAAUAAUAACCUUGUUCAUUUUACUAUAGUAAAAUAUAUAGCCAGGAAGUUGUCUUCUCCUAAAAUAAAAUAUGAUUCUUUAUACAGUGUAGACUUUAGGGUGUGUUUAUCUCAUGAAUUGUCUCUACAUAGGUUUUGAGACCUGCAGAGGAUCAUGGGAUUUGUAUUUUGUUUUUAGCUAGAGAGCAACAGACAUACAUCUUACCCUUAUUUAAGUCUGGUGAUGUGUAAGCUUUGGUAAAAGUAGCUCACAACACCUUUAGUGCCAUAUGUUAAAUAUCAAUAGUCUAUAUCAGCGUUUCCCAAACCAGUCCUCAAGACCCACCAACAGUCCAGGUUUUAUUAGUAUCUCCAUUGGAAUAAAACAGAGAAAUACAUAAAUCCUGGACUGCUGGUGGGCCAUGAGGACUGAUUUGGGAACCACUGGUCUACAUAGUUCAGUUUAACAACAGACCACCCUCUGAAGUCCAUAGGAAGUCUGUUCAAGAGUGCUUGUAAUAUUGUAUGUACAAUGCAGUUAAUGGCAAAGUGAGUAGGAUGUGCUGGGUCCAAUAGGCUUCAUGAAUCAAUGACUAUACUUUCCCGACCAACAAUGUCACAGAAAACACAAUUCAUGAGGAUAUGCUAUAGAAAAUCAGUGGGUGUUUAUUUAGGGUUCUAUUUACGAAAAUAAAGGUUCCAUUGUAAAUUACAUACAGAUGUUCUAUUGUCUUAUCUGAGAUAAAGGGCACUUGGGGAUGAUGUCUUUAUAACACAUCACUGUGAGAGCAUGGGGGACAGAUCUGUGCUACUGGAAUACAGAUCUUUUGGCCAUCCUCUAACUAACCAGAUAUAAGAGGGACAUAUGGGUUGCAGAUGACCUAGUAUUUCUGGGACUUGGCCUAGUGGUACCUUUACCCUUAGCAUCCUUUAAUGUUACACAAGAGUUCAGUAUGCUCCAUCCAAAUGUCUACAGCAGUGCUUCCCAAACCUGUCCUCAAGGCACCCCUACCAGUCCAGGAUUUGGGGAUUGCCCAGUUAUGUCUAAGGUGCUUUUAGAAAAAAACAAAAAAAACACCUUAGACACAACUGGGUAAUCCUUAAAUCCUGGACUGGUAGGGGUGCCUUGAGGCCUCUUUUGGGAACCACUGGUCUACAGUAUUUUUUAAAAAUUGUUAUAUCUUACCUAUUCCCCAUAAAAUAUCACAUUUUUGAACCUCUUUAUGAUAAAAUGACAUUUUAGAAUAGUUAGGGUAUAAUGGGAUUUGCCCAAAUCUGUGACAUGAAAGAGUUAAUAUGUACAAUAGACCAUUAAACUGCAUUGCUACAAAUAACACACAAGGAAGCUUAAAAAGAGCUGAGGUUAAUGUUAACUACAUAAAUAAAUAACUACACAGGUAAUGAUUCCUAGCUCCGAUAAUAUGAUCCAGAAAAGAGGAAUAUUUCUCAAAAACAACCAACGGCUGAUUUAAUUUUUUAGAAUUUUUAGGCACCCAUCCUUCUCACUUCAUUGAAAACCCUGAACACGUACACCAGGGAAUAGUUUAAAGUCCCAUGCAGAUAAAUGACAAUCUUAUAGGUAAAAAAAAUCUGGAUUAUGUAGGAAAGUGGUUUGGAACAAUGUGUUUGUCAGUGUGCAGAAGCCAUGUAAAAGCCGAGUGAACAGUGUGGCAGCUGGAAGCUGGCAGAGGUAACUAUUUUCUGCUUAUUUUGGCUGGCUCCGAAGACCUCUGGCUUCUCCUAGUAGUACUUGGAUAUGGCAGUAAUCAGGAUUUCUGACAAGAUAGAUUCCAAGUACGGAAUGCUCAUCUCCUCAGUAUCAGCCAGAUAGAAGAGAAAGUUGCCGAGUUGUAAGCAUGAGGGCGUAUCACGGACUGAACUUCCUGCAAGAUAUGUCAGUUUGAAGACGAUUGAUCACUGGGAUAGAGACAGAUGUAUUGUCAAGCAGCCAAGAUUAAAUUUACAGGAGGGAAGUGUAUCCAACAAAGAAGAAAAGUUGGGUAGUCAGGUUUAGUGACUCUGUGUGUUUUUUUUCUUGAAAUAUGUACUAUUCCCAAUAAAGACCAGUCAGCGUUUUCUUUAAAUAUGCAUUUUUUGCAGGCUGUAUGUAGUCUGUACAUAUAAAUCGGAAACAAUCAUGUCGUCUGUGGUCUCAGCAAAUCAGUUGCAAGACAUUUACAGAGGUAUUGGCAAAACAUCGUACAUUGCCAACAUUGUUAACACUUAAUAGAAGAAGAGAAUGUUCUGCAAUCGGAGGUGUGUCUAAAUCAGCACAUUUUGUGUUAUAUACAGAUCCAAAUUAGAACACCAUAUACAUUGCCCACAAUCUCUCCCCACUGCACAGUUUAUGCAUCAGUUUACGGAGGGUCAUAGUGAGUAUCCAGCAUACCGAGCGAUGACCCACCAGAUUUGCCAAAGUGCCCAGGUUAUUGUUUGGCCUUAGGGGAAAUGCCAUAACAUCUAGUCAGGUAACAUAUUAUUUAAAACCUGCAACUCCAUACUUAACACUGCAUGGUAUCCCUUUAAAUUUUUGUCUGGGAAAAACAACAAGCAUAUCCUGUUAUCAACAUUGUUUAUGAUUGUCAUAAAGUCUGUGUUUAGUAUGGAGAUCUCUCUAUAUAGAUGUCUUGGGUUUAGGGUGAGUUCUAUGUGCCCGCCUAUCUGAUACGCAAAAUGUUAAUGGCAUUAUGAAUGUGCCAAUAUAGCACUUAAAAUAUGGUGGCGUUACCAAAUACUACAUUUUAAAUUUUAACGUGGUUGACAUACCCAUCCACUUUCACUCUAAACUAUUGACCCUUAUUUUGGCAUAACAUUUGGAACCCAAAUAGUUUAUUUUAUCUUUUUAGGGGGCUAUUAGCACCUUUAAACCUGCUGCCUUAAAUGUCAUUGUACUGCUUUGUCCAGAUACUUGGUGCCUGUUCAUUUGCUUAAGUAGUCCACAGAGCACUUUCACGUUGCGGCAAAAUUAUUUCAAAAUGUUUUGCUAGAACACAGACUGACUAUCUUUAUAAAUAUGUUUCUGUAAGUAUUGCACCAAUAAUUAUGUCGAUUUUCUAUGAACACAGAAACUUUCUCUUUGUCGAGCUUGGGGAAAAAAAACAACCCUUUGUAUUAAGGAUGUUUCUAAAUAUAUACAGUGUAGUGAAAAUAUAUCAAAAUUGGGUCCCUUUGAUAUAACAAAAGGGAAAUACAGAUGGAUCCUGACUUAUUUCAUCCAUCCAAAUUUUUUUCCAGUUAUAUUUUUGGUUAAAGUAGAUGGCCAUUGUUUUGAUUUUUAUUAAUUUUGUUGAGUUAACUAAAGUCCACCUAUUCUGACCUUCAUUUCUAAACUGCUGCAUUUCCCUUUUUUACCCAAAACUACCGCUGUACUAUUCAGCUGUUAGCUUUCUAUAUUUGAAAGCUGAUACUUAUUCUUCUUGGUCCAGCGAAUGGUCUCUCCACUGUCUCCACCAAGGGGUAAAGUAAUAUAAAAAGGACUAAGGAUAUUCCCAGUCUUUUUGGCCCUAUAAACUGUAUGACUUGGUAAGAGUCCGGUAGAUGCCCAGUCCCUUGAAUUCUAUUAUUAAAAGGAGCCAAAAGAACCCAGUGCAUGCCCAGUCUCCUGACCUCAAACGGGAUGAACACAUUUUAAAGGAACACUAUAGGCACCCAGACCACUUCAUCUCACAAAGGCUGAAAACAUUGCCAUUCUGCAUGUUUUCUUUGCCGAGUUACUGACUAGAGACGCUUCCAUGAAAUAACAGAGUAAAACUCUGUGUACCGCGCAUGUGCACUUGACUUCUCUCAACAUUGAUGAUCUCAGCCAAAGAGGUAGAGCUUCAUGCAGAAGACCGGUGUGGCAAGGGCUGAAAGGUAAGUAAAUCACCUUUUUAACCCAGGCACGGACUAUUACCAAAACAGAGACUAGGGCACAAUAGGGUUAGGAAUACACAUUUGUUUUCCUAACACUGUGACUAUAGUGUUCCUUUAAGGAUUCCAUUUAGACUGUACAUUUACUGUCACUUUUACUUGCACAGCUAUUAGAUUAGACAUCGCAAACCACACUUUUGUAGAUUACAGUUUCCCUUUAAUAUAUGUCCCAUUUAUUUUAUUAUUAUUAUUAUUAUGUUCACUGGUAAUAUAUAAAACAAGCUAUUUUAUUUCUGUUUUGCCAGAUUGGUAGUUAUAAUCAUUAAACUGCCAAGUACUUAAAAAACAGUGUCUUGGUGACAGAAAAAAAGAUUAAAUAUAGUGAAAUUUCUGUGUUUUGAUAAUGCAGUUUGGGCAAUUGCUCACCCUUGAGCAGUAGGGAGAUUUAAUUACUAGUGCAACAGUUACUGGGUUUUAGGUUAAAGAAACGUUCUGGAGUGGAGUUGAACCACACUUUUAAUUCAUUUUGUAAGAAAAUAAUACUUGAUAAACUAUAAAAAUAUAUAUUUUUGAACUUCAUAUAUAGAACUUGAAGCUUUGUCAGUGAGCUUUAACCUGACCAAUGCUACAAACUUCUCAGCCAAUCCCGGUGCUGUACUUACCUUUCUGUUUGAGUGAUAUGCAAAUUAGCUAAGCCCCUAGGGGCUUUUUGGGAUCCAUAGUUCAGUUGUUAACUUUCUUUUUUUUUUUUUUUUUUACAGUUGUACAGCCUGAGGCAGAUCAGGCAAUUAAUUUCAUUCCGAAAAAUUAGAAAUGAAGUUAUCUGUAAAUAAUGCAUUUUUUAAAAUUAAAAAGCAGAUUUUUAAAAAUGUUUAAUAGAUAUUAAAGUCAAUUAUAAAUAAUAUAAACCUCUUAAGCGGGGGGAGGGAUUGCUACUUUUGGUCUAGGCUGGAGACCCCAAGUACAAAUACCCACUCAGGUAACCCACGUAUUAAUCAUCGUCUGGUAACCUAAUUGGCCAGGGAUGAUGCAGAUCUUGGAGUAUUAAAGGAAUCCAAAACUGGAUUCCUAACCAUAUAGUGCCCUCUGCCACCCCCUCUCUUGCACCCCCAGGUUGGGCUCCUCCUCCGCCGACAUCACAGUGAUUCAGAAACCUAGUGCACUUGCACAACGAGCGCAGCAGGCGUAAGCAUUGAGUCAAUGCUUUCCUAAGGCAUUUUUGAGGAUGCUGAACAUGCAGCAUUGUUUCACAGAGUGAAAACUGAGGUUUUCAGUUAACCGAUACAGUGCAGUACUGGCAACUGAUCUUACUCAUGUGUUUUCCGUGACAUUUGGUGCAGGUGGCACUUAUGCAGCCACUCUACAUUAAAUCCUACAUUAAAUCAGCAAAAUAUUGAGAAUGUGAGGUUGUUCUACUGCUGUUUACAAGGCGGUGACUUUUUUUAACCUAUGCUUUGUUUAUAUUAUAUAGGUACCUGGCAAAGUUGUCUUCUGUGGGCAGCAUUUCAGAGGAAGAAACCUGUGAAAAACUCAAAGGAUUAAUUCAGCGCCAGGUUCAAAUGUGCAAGAGAAACCUUGAGGUAAUGGACUCGGUACGUCGAGGGGCUCAGCUGGCGAUAGACGAAUGCCAGUAUCAAUUUAGGAAUCGACGGUGGAACUGCUCAACACUGGACACGCUUCCAGUAUUUGGAAAAGUGGUGACACAAGGUAGGAAAGAAGUCAAAAAACUUCACAUUGCAAACAAGUCUAUUCCAUUUUUUUCCUGUUUUGAAGUGAUAAAAUACAAUAUCAGAAUUAAAUCAAUAAACUACUUGCUAGAGAGAUAAGUCAGUGGUUAGUGCACCACCUUUUAUACUUCUAGUAAUUGGGAAAUCCUCAGCGUAUGCUCAGCCACUUAAUCUUGUGAUGCUGAUGAAAAUAAUGUCACUAAGUUAGUUAAUUAAUAAUAUGAUCUAAAGACCAAGACAUAGUUGUAAACCAUGACAAAAACUAGACAUACACUUCCUUUGUAAAUCGUUUAUGACAAGGGGGCUAAAAGGUGGAUCCCCAAAUGUUUUACAAUUACAACUUCUACGAUGUUUUGUUAUUCUAAAGGAAUACAAAGCAUUGUGGGAGUUGUAGUUUUACAAAAGCUGGGGAUCUACCUUUUGGGCACCACUGGUUUAUGAUAUUAAUUACUGUGUUAAAAAAUAUGUACGUUUUUACCAAAUAUCAGGCCAUUUUUGAGAUAUGAAUGUUGAAUACACAAAUGUAGUUAUUUGUAAAAUAAGUCAAUAUCAAGGUGUCUCUAUGGACAUUCAGACACAUAAAAGCUAAUAUUUGAUGUUAUAGGUGAAAACAUGGCUGUUGCAGAACUCGGAAUGGUCAAUAUAAUCAUAACUCCUCCUUGUGUGCUUUGGAACCUCAAUAAAUAAAUAUGCUUCUCUAGGUAACCUCCAAGUUUCCUACUGUGAAGUCUGUUACUCGCCAUUACAUCUGUGCAAAGUUCUCCGUAGGGUCAUUUCAGUGGAGAGGUGUUCUGUAACACAUUGCUGGAUAGGAAGUGACAUCAUUCAUCUGAGCAUCCAUCAGUUAUAUCUUGGUAAAGGUCCAAUGUGGGAAUUAAACUUUAAAUGCUUUUGUUUACUAACGUUUUUCUGGUAAUGAUUUAUACCCUGUGGGAGCUAUAAAUAUGUAUUAUCCUAUGCGAGCAGAAUAUCCUGUUGUUUGAAACUGUCCUCCUGAUUUACCCAUUGGGGGAACAUCAUUUUCCCUGGAUCUGGCAGCAUAAAUCCAGUAGACAAGUCUUAAGAUCCAAUAUAUUGAGUGAUAUUUCCCUCAUGACCUGGGUGGAUCAUGAUCAAUAUCUAAUUCAAGGAGAAACAGGGCCAGAUUGACAACAGUUCUUUACCUCUGCAUUCUUUUUGUCUCCCGCCAGGCAAAAGUCCCUUUACAGUCUCCCUAUACACUGCCCAAUCCAAAUCACCCCCGGACUCUUAAUCCAUUUCCCUGUUUCUCUGUUCUGAAAUCUUGUCAAUGCCAAUUACAUUUCUGUUUCUUCUUUCUCAAAUAUAAAUUAUCCUUAAUCCUCCUAUUUUAUACAUUUUAUACACAGCUUUUCUCUCAUCAUAUUUACUCUUACAAAACAUUUAUUCCUCUAUACCUCCCCACUCUUACAUCCACAAUUUUACCACUCUUACCGAGAUGGACACCAAAAUCACACAUUCCUUUGCCCUUUCCUGUGUUAUUUGAAAGUUAAUGUAAGCCUUCAGUUUUCUCACACGUUGCCAUGUGCUACUGAAGUAUUGGCUACUAAUCUAGUUACAUAGUAGUGGUAGCCUCUUAAUAUUUUGAUAUUGCAAUCAGUAUAUGUAGAAAAUGACAGACCUCCAAAGUGUCCCUAUUUAGGAGGCACAGUCUCUGUUUUGGGUGCAAAUAACUCUGUCCCUCUUUUAUAACCUAAUUUCCCUAUUUUGUAGGAGCUCCAUAUUGUUGGUGUGUCUGAGUGUAUAACAGAGUUCCACAGCAAUGAUACUCACAGCAAUGAGUCUUUAAACUAAAAUAAAUGUGUUUAGAAAUCAGUCUGUGUAAAUAAGAUACAUUGUUCUUGUUCUAAAUUACAUUUUAGUUUAGUCACUUAAAUUUUCUCAGAACUGCCAUGCUCCUGGCCACAUACACACUCACACCCCUUAUAUGAAAGUAUUCCUGAAAUGUUGGGUAGUAUGCCAUAAUAUAAAAAGUCCAUACAUUUACACACAAAAGGUAAAGUUAAAUUGGGAUAUUUUAGAAUAUUAUUAUGCUACAAUAAAAUAUAACAGACCCACUUUAAUGUCUGUAGUAUAGAAGCUAUUUAGUGUAGAUUGUAAACUCACAACAGUAGGACCCCCAAUCCUUUUAGUAAGAAUCUAUGUACAAUGUAUGCUAUAUUUAUAUUUUAGUCUAAUACUAUCCUUACCUUUUUGUGUCAUUUUACCCCACUCCCUCUAGCAUGUAAGCUCAUUGAGCAGGGCCCUCAACCCCUCUGUUCCUGUGUGUCCAACUUGUCUGGUUACAACUACCUGUCUGUUCGUCCACCCAUUGUAAAGCGCUGCGGAAUUUGACGGCGCUCCAUAAAUAUCAUAAUAAUAAUAAUAAUAUUUAAUGCAAUAUUUACCAUAUGUCAACUUAAUGAUGUUUUAUUCAAAAAUAUUGUAACUAAUAAAAGUAAUAAUACAGUGAACAUCCCAAAUUUAUGUUAAAUGGUAUCUAAAGGAAUCCUACAAUGCCUUCAAUUUGUUGCAGCUGAACUAGCAGAUUUAAUCCCCCCCUCCACCACCAAACCGCCCUUACAUGUAUUUAACGGUAUGAUAUAUGUGCAAAAUGAAAGGAUCUGCGUACAUCUAUGAAAUGGAAACAAAACACAGUUUGCUAGCAGCUAUAAUUAUUUUAAUAUGUGUUGUUGACGAUUGGAAAGCCUCUGCUGUGUCUGUUUUAUCGUUGGCGUUUUUCGUUCCUUUUUUAAAUGACAGCCUUUGAAAGCCAAACACAAACAUUUGUCUUUGGUUGUAAAAGUAAAUGUUAUAUUAUUAUUACAACCAAUGUCAAACACUUUUCCUCUAACGUAGUAUAUGGGAUUUCUAAGUAAAGUGUCUUUUUCCAAUUUAUCAAAAUGCUCCUGUGAAUUAUGACAUGGAAACCGGACUGCCGACCCGAUAAUAAAAUUUUAAAAUGUGAGCUAUUUAGCGUUAUGCUCUUAUUGGCUAAGGGUCAAUAUUGUAAAUAUUGUACUUCAUGAUAGGUAGACCUUAGGGAAUCCAGUCAAAAUCGCAGUUUCUUCUUUCACAUUGAAAUGAUCAAGUAUUUUAUUUGUAGACACAAGGUCAUUGCCUGUUGAGCAGUUGAACUAUGGAUCAUUACUAAGAUUAGCACUAGAAAAUAAAAAACGCAAUUAAAGGAACAUUAUUCAGCCAUGAAUAUCAAAUUAGUAAUGUGAAUCUAAAUAUUUAUUUAGAUUGAUUUUAGGUUUGUUGAGUUAUUUGUCUUAAAUGAAACAAAUAUAGUUUUAGACCUAUGCGCAUUAGCACCCGCUUGUCGAGGGGCGUUAAAGGAGGCGUAGUAAGUAAGUAAAGGGUUUUUAACCCUUUAUUUACCACUGUGGAGGGCGCAAAGGAUGGGGGAGGCAGAGGGUGCUAUAGUGCCAGGAAUACAGAACGUAUAGCUUACUUUAAGAAAUUCCUACCUGGCUUUUGUGCCCUAAAAUUGGCAAUUUCACUUGAACAAACUUUGAAUCUCCAACAAUAACCCUGAUUUAGGUAAUUUCGGAAAAAGUAUUGCACAACAGUCUGCAUAUUCUUUUUUUCUCCCACCAUUGCUACUCCUAUAGCAGAGGUGUUAGCACUAGCAUGUUAAGCUUUUACCCAUAGAAAUCAAUGGUAUUUGUGCACAGUAUAUCUAGAUUACAUUUAUUUAAAUUAAUUUUAUUUAGCUCUCUAAAAAAAACCAGUGAAGUCUCUCAAUCUCGGUCUCAAAUUUUCACAGCUAAUUAUAUUCUGUUGGGUAGGUUGUUGUAGAAAGAAGUUAAUUAUUCUGCAGGACAGAUCAUAUUAUAAACUCAUCUAAUGCACUGCAGAAUAUAUUUGUGAUUUUAGAAGAAAUAACAAUGAAGUUGCUGUGAAAAAGUACAACAACCAAACACAAGAAUGGAGUUUCUCCUCAUGGGAGAGAAAACUAAACUUUCUCACAAUAGAAUGUUCAUUCUCCUUAUGAACUUGUAUUGAAAGAGUAUAGCAUUCCACCAGUAGAAUGUUUGUUUUAAUCAUAGACAUACGUAAGAAAGUGCAAGGUUUUACCUGAAAAUGGUCAUUUUCCUUGUGGACUUGCAUUGAGGAAGCAUAACAGUCCAACAGGUCAAUGUACGUUCUCCUUCUUGAAUUGACAAAGUAAAUUUCACCUACAAAAUAGUCAUUCUCCUUGUGGACUAGCAAUGAGAGAGUAGCACAUUCUACCAGGAGAGAGUUUUUUCGUAUCACUGACUUGCAUUGAGAAAGCACAACAUUCCACCAGAAGUGAGCAUUGAAUUGUCUCAUGGAUUUGGGCUGACAAAGUUCAGUGUAUGUAAUGGGAAAAUUUUCAUUCUCCUCAUUGAAUGUAUUAUCGAACCUCAACAUUCUACGAGUAGAACCUGCAUACUUACCCAUGGACUGGAAAUUAGGAAGGAACAUUCUAUAAGUAGAGUGUUCAUUCUCCUGUUGGACUUCACUUUGAGAAAUCCUAGCAUUCUGCUAGAAGAAAGCUUGUUCUGAAAUUACCCAUUGUGUUAUGAGCAUUAGCUAGACAUAAUCAAGCCAAAGCUUUGUACGAACCAUCACAGAUCUAAUCCUGCGAACCUCAAGUUUUUUUUAGGAAACUCAUAAAGCAUUUAUCUUACCUUAAAUUUGCCUUUACUAUUAUGUUAUGAGAGAGCAAGACAAGCCCUCAAGGACAAUUGCCAUCACAAUUUCCCAGAUAUACCUGCAUCUUCCAGGGUAAAUUUAUGUGAUACAAACUUUAUAUAUCCACUGUGCUUUUUAAAUAGAGAGUGUUGGAGUUUGACAUUAGAAGUGUUCUCUAACAAUAUUUUUAAAGGUGGAAAAAAAGAUUUUAGGAAUAAUUCCUACAACAGCAUAGUGAAGGAUGUUUUUACAGAUCUGAAUUCAUCCCACACACAAGCUUCUUAUUAGGUUCCAUAAUACAUUCCAAUUUCAACACUUGUGUUCUGGAGCAAGCUCUAACCCAGUAAAUAUUUAGGUUGAUUAAUGCAGCUGUUAACUUUUUUGGUUAAAUUAAUUUAUGUUUUACGUGGAUUCUGUUUACUUAGGAAUUGUAUUUGGAUUCGUAUAAGCACAAUUUCAAGUACACUGCAGGGAAAUACAAUGACUUGCUAAGCUACCUAAAUUCCUUUUAUUUAGUUUUUAAAUAUGCUAUUUUUUUUACAGUUAAUAUAUUUUCUAUGAGUGAGCGAGCAAUAAAGACUUGUGUGAAUUUCAGGAUAGUAGUUCACAUAACGUAUUGUUAUAUAUAAUAUAGCAUUAAGCUGUGCCAUUGAUAUGUUAGUUGAACCACGGGGAACUGUAGGUGGGUGAUUAAAGGUCCACUAAAGUCACCUCAAUGAUGUGGGCUAGGUGCAGUGGCUCCUGCUUGUUUAAACCUUCGAGGUAACACACUGCUGUUUUGCAGACAGCCACCAGAGGCAUGUUUAAGUCUUUACGACAAGGGUUUAUCUUGAAGGGUUAAACAUUCCUCUAGUGGUUGUCAUACUGAGAGCUACUACACACACUUCCACUGCACUGACGACCAGGUAAAACUCGGUCAUGUGAUGUUGCAGCUCAUAAGAAAGCAUUGGAUUCAAUGCUUACCUGUGAGAUGCAUUGGAUGUGUGUGGCACUGGCAACGAAUGCGCAUCAGGUCCCCAAUGCUUGGAUUGGCUUGGAACAUGAGCAAACCCCUUGUAUUAAUCAGUUUUAUUGGAAUAAAUUAGGGGAACUUUGUAUAAAUAAAGAAAUUGUUACUGUGGCGUUAGGAAUACAGGUUUGUAUACCUUACGCUAUAGUGUUCCUUUAAGGAAAUCAGUCAACCAAAUAAAUAAAUAACUAUUGUUUCUUAAAGUGUUACUGUAAAAAGUUGGUCAACAUCGUUUAUCCAAACCGUUAGAGGCACAUUAAGAAGUUAAGUAAAUUGGCUAUGGUUGUAAUAACACACCACAGAUGGACUCACUUGUAUUCAAUUAGGAUUCACUUGGGUUCUUGGGUUUUCCUUGAAGAAUUAUGUGAGAUAAACUAAUGUAUGAUUAUUCAAACAAAUGUUUGAGAAAGAACCAUGUAAACAGCUUGUAUGAGCACCUGGAUCUGCGCAGACACGUUCCCUAAAAUAGCCUGUUUUGGGCAGUUAGUAGACAGGAAUGGCUAUUUCGAUUUUAGUUAUGAUAGGAGCAGUAUGCUGCACAGUCAAAGAAACAUAAACAUGAUUUGUGUACUCUGCUUUAGAAUGGUGUUUUUGUGGUCACUGGUAAAGUGUUUUCUUUAUCUAGAGUGCAGAUAUUGCCGUGCAUCAACCUUAGAUCAACGAUGCUUCUCUAUGAGAAGCAUCUUAUUGGACCAGAGAUGAUCGACCCUGAAGAUCUCACUGUGUAUGGAGUAGGUGCUCCAAAAAAAAUAUAUGUAAAUUUCAAAUGUUAAAGUAUUUCUUCAAGCAAACAUGGCAACAUGAAGUCUACUCUGCCCGGGAUGUGGCCUAUAAAAAUAUUACAAAGGAAAAUAUGCCUAGAUUAGUUUUUCUAACAUUUAUAAUUUUAAAUGAAUAAACUCUAAAGUGUUUGUUUGCUAAACAGUUGACAACCAGACAUCACAAUCUAGCUGCUAAACAAACGUGAAUUAUGUCAUGUGCAUCCUGAUGUUUCUCCCACCCUAACAAAUAUAGAGAACACUCACUGACUAUAUCGUUCAGCUACUUUGUGCACCACUUCGGACACCUUACUGUGGACCAGAGGCGGUGAUGCAAAUCCUUUUUAUUUAUUUACAUUUAUAUGUAUUCAAAUUAUUUUCUGCAUUGAUUUUUUAAUAUAUUGUCUAUGCAUGUGGACAAGUCUUAGGACUUAAAAACCUUCAAAAAUGGUCUUAAGGAUGAAGUAGCCUAUAGGAGCACUCUGUCUGACAGCCAGUAGAGGUGUCUUUAGAAACUAACUAUAAUGUUUUAUACUGUCUGAGACGAGUAAAGAACAGUAUAUAUGUACAUAUCACCCGAUUUAUCUUGACACAUGCAAAGAGCUUGCAUUUUUAUAAUAGUCAUGUUCCAUAAAUAUUUACUUACAGUGUAUGCAUUAGUUACAAGCGUGAAACCCGAUUCCACGAUUUAUCCUUUAUUUACAAUAUCUCAAAAUGCAGAACACUGCUUAUAAAGUAGACUUGAGACUCCCUGGACGGGACAUCCUGCUGCAUGCCUUGCAAGCUUUGCGAUUUGCACUGAUCCCAUGUUACAGUGUUACAGUGGAGUAACAGAACAGAUGUACCACUUUAACAGUGAGACAUGAAACCUCAGGCCAGCAUACUUGUUGGACAUUAAAUAUCCCUUGGUAAAUAUGUCCUUAUGUUUCCGUUUGGUUUUGCUGACUCACUCUACUCUACUGUUGAUUGUUUUUACAGUGGUUGUGUGAAGGAAUCAGUGGGAUAAAAAGCAAUUUAUGGUGAAAUGGCUAUUUCCUAUUGGCUUUAGAACAGUACGUCAUUGUUUGACACAUUUAAAGAGCAACUGCCAUAGUUCCUUAACUGAUGUUUAACACUGUGGUAAUCACAGUAACUACUAUUGCUGUACAUAAUUUUGCCUGCUUAAGUGCUAAUAAAACCAACUUUUAUAUGCUAUAAGAACACUAUUUAUUUUCAGUUUUUCCUUCCCUUUAUUUAAACCUGCAUAUUUUCCAGGGAUGGCACUGGUUCCUAAAAGUUAUGUCAGGAAUCAGACCACCUUAAUGGAGACUAAAUUAAAGAAUUUAUUCACCUUCUUCCCGCCAUGUAGAGCAGGCAUCUCAAAAUCUGCCCCACCAAAAGUUCUGGACUACAACUCCUGAUUCUCUGACCAUCUAUUGCAUUAUUGUAUCCGAAGAAUUCUGUGAGAUCUAGGCCGUCGACAUUUAUGGAGCCAGAGUUUGAGAUCCCUGAUUUAAACACUUCGAUCAGGGAGUGUGCUGGCAAAGAGAAAGGGGGGGAUGGGGCAGCCUAACACAUUACCUGGGGCUAUAAUGUGAGUGUGGCAGCCUGGUGCAAGUGGUAUAUGCAUGUGUUGAAAUGCUAGAUAUCCAGUGAACUAGGCCUGACAUAAUUAAGCAUGCCAGUCGGAGGAUUUGCUGGAAAUUGGAAUAGGGAUCAUGUGAAAUGUAGGUUGAUUUGCAUUAAAUGCCAUGGCUGUGCCUUUGGUGAAAUUAAAGGGACACAACUCAGAGUUGAUCCUGGGUGGUGGAAACUGUCCAAGUGCUGUGUAGAUCGACGGGCGAGACUAGGCUCUGUACCCUCAAUUUAGGUCCCGCCCCUCUUAUUAGGCCCCACUCCUUUGCAAUAGGUGCCAGGAGGCAGUGCUGGAAGACAAAAGUUACAAGCUGACAAGCUGUUUGAGGACCAAAUGCAAAGUUAGCUUGUCAUCUUUUAUCUUUUUUCUUCCAGCUAUGCCAUCCGGUCCCAAUCUCAAGGAGGGCAGAGUCUAACUAGACAGGAGAGACCUAAAACAAAGGGCAGUGCCUAGCAAUGCACACCUAGCCCAUCUGCAGAGCACCUGGGCGGUUUGCACCCACCCAGGAUUGGCUCUGAAGACACUGCUGAAAUAAAAAUAAAAAAUAAAAAAUCACUACAUACUAGAUAUGCCCACAAUAAAAAUAUACAUGUAUUUAUAUUUAGGCACUUUUUCAUUGGGGGUUUAAAUAAAAACAGCUCUAAAAAGUUGCAGAUCUCUUUACUGCAGUCUGCAGCCUUUGCACGCUAUCCAAUUCUUUCCAUAGCUGUCCAAUCAUAGAUUUCCCAGUGCAGUUUGAUGAGAAGUCUUUGUAAUGCAGGCUCUCUGGGCAAUUGCUGCCUCUUGAGUUUAGCUCCACUGAGCUAACCAAACCAGGAAGCAACAGGACCGUUUGUCUGUUUGACAGCCAGGGGGGUGUAACAAGGUAAUUCAUAAACGUUUGAAUUUCCAUACAAAAGCAGGAUAGAUCGAAGCCCUGUUUACAUGUCUUUGGGCUCCAUAUACAACCGCUUUUCCCCUGGUGCGGGAGAAGUAGAACAUCCCCUAUAAUCAUGAUCCCACCCCCACUGACCCAUUUUUUCCUGUCUGCAUAAGAGGAAACCAGAAAGUGUACUGACAGAGGAUUAUGAGAAAUGUAAUCCAACAACAAAUUAAAUGGAGUCAUAGAGGACUGUCCUACAAAUAUACUGCGUGUCCUAAAACCUCCUAACAUUACAAAAGGACAAAGAGGGACACUUUAGUUUUAGAGGUGUGAAAGGGAGUGUAGCUGGGCUAUUCUGAGAAAUUUUAGGUAAUUUAUUAAUAAUUUAUGUAAGUAAACCAUAAUUUAGAGAACAAUGCAUCAAAUUUAUUAUAGUUUAAAGACACAUUAGUAUUAGUAUUAUUACUGUGGAGCUUGGUAAUACACUCAGAUGCACCAGCAAUAUGGAGCUCCUAGAAGAAAGAGACAUUAUGAUAGAAAAGGGGGGCAGAAGGCUUCAGGUCAAAAUAGGGACUGUCCUUCCUAAUUAGGGACACCUGGGAGGUAUGCAAUAAUUUCUAUGCAGUGAAUACAAGCUCUACUUUUGUGCAACCAGCGAACAUUCAUUGUAGUUUAGAAGCACUGCUUGAAAAUUCCAUAAUGAACAUACAAAGCAAUGGGAGGAUCAAGAUAGACACGUUCUUCUUAGAUUCAGACAUAGAUAUCAGGCUGGAGAUGCUGCAAAUCUGCAGUAUAAUUAUAUAUGUUAUGUAUAUGUGCUAAAAAAAAAAUCCGUUAAAUAUCGGUGGCAAAAUCCACCCUGGGGGUCCCUUUAGCUUUUACAGUAGACAAGGAGUAAUAGGCAAAUAAUGAGCUGCAGAGACUUGGGGAACGCUCAACUGGUACUUGCUACUUGCAUUUAUGCAUCCCUUUAGUUUAUACAAUUAUUCAGAUCCAUAUUCUAUAAAGAAGCUAAUUACAAAUGAAUGUUAAAGGGACACUGUAGGCACCCAGACUACUUCAGCUAAUUGAAGUUGCAUGGGUGCUGUGUCCAUAUUGCACUUAGUGCUGCAAUGUAAAACAUUGCAUCGCUAAGUCUGCCCUUGGACGUUUGGUCCGUUAUCUGAUGCUGGACGUCAUCGUGCUCUGCAUGAGGACCUCCAGCAUCAGAUUUUUCCCAUAGGCAAGCAUUGAAUAAGGGUGUGAGGGAGGGAGGGACCUAUUGAACAUAUAGUGCCAGGAAAACAGCUUUGUUUUUCUGACACUAUAGGAUCCCUUUAAAGUUUAGAUGAGUCAACAAAAAGAAAAAUUUGUAGAGAAAAGAAUUAGAAUUUGAUAUUGGACUUGCUCUUCAUUAUCCCUAUAGUACUGUCAUAUGGUGCUUAUAAGAGAAUUACGAUAGGGUGACUGGCUCCUCCCCAAUCCAUGACAUCAUUCCUUAUGGGAUGUGUUAAGAGCUUAUUUAUGCAUGACUCAAUGACAACAUUGUGCAUAACCAUUAAUUUACUGAACCUCUGGUAUUUGAAUAGUGACAAGAGGUAAGAAUUUUAGCAAUAUGUUUAAAAAUAAAAAUAUUGUUCAAAUAGGUAGCCAAUUAAUUAAUUAUCUCUUUUACUGAUCCAGAUUAGUUUAUUUGCUAUUAUUAUUAGGUUUAUGUAUGGGUAAUAGCCAUUUUAUGUGUUUGUCGUUAAAUUUAUACUGUGCUAUGACUGAUAAAGCGUAUUUUUAAAGAUCACGUUAGCGUUUUUGUAAAUUCCUUACCCAAAACUUUUUUUGCAUUUUUUAUUAGAAAACUGCAGUAAGGCUUGGUGUAUACUUUCAACACAGCUAGGGAAAAUUCAAUGUAUAAAUACACAGUCACGUCUCAAAAAGGAAGUUUGAGUUAUGGCUGGGGCAAAGACGGGGGACAAACAGGUCAUUAAUGUAAAUAUACCAAUAUGUGUACCCUGCGCCCAUUUAUCUUGUGAGCCACCAAAAACAAUGUUCUAGGCUUGCUAUUUCCAAACCAGUUCUCAUUCAUUCCCAAUGAUUUAGAGUUUAGGAAGUUCCUAAUUCUGCUGUAACCUGGAAGUCUGGACUUUUUGCUAGCUUCUAGAACAGCAUUAGCAUAAUUCUAGUUGCAUACUGACAUCCCUUCUAUGGUGUUGAUCUUGGUUAAAAUGAAAGAUAAUUUUCUAAUGGACAUAUUCGCUGCUCAAGUAAGACAUGCCCUCCCCUGCUUUCAGAAAAUAUGGCUCCCAUAGGAAUCUUUUCAGGGACCAUGAAAGCUCUUGAGCCUAGGAUGAUGUUUAUUUCGGGGGCCUUAAACUCACGGCAGCGCACUCACACCUCUUUCUUCUUCCUCUUCUUCUAUUGUUCUAUUGCUUUUCUAUUCUUUCUGUUUCAACUAAUAAGGUAACUCACCUUUCCUCUAAGAUGAAAUACAGGCUAGCAAAAUAGCUUGUACAUUGUGUUCAGUACUGAGAAUGCUACCUAUGCUGAAAGUUCUAACCAGAUAUAGUUACAUUCCCUAAUGUUGACGAUUAUCAUGAAAAUUAUUGUAUAGGUUACAGUUGUAUGCAGACUGCACUGUAUGCAUUGUUGUUUCAGCCCACAUAAAAAAAAAAUAAAAGAUUGGACUGUUUUGGGGGUGAGGUAGAAUUUUGGGAAAUAAUCAAUCAAGACAUUUGUACCUUAAAGAAAAGCAUGACUUGCCUGUUUAAAAAAGGUAACUUUGCCACCUCAGACACUCAUUAUUAAUGGUAUACUUCAUUAUUCAAAAUUGACGAACUUGGGGUUAACUAACUUGGCAGAAAUUAUUUCUAAAAACAAAAGUGAAAAUAUUCAGUGUGUUCUAACACACAUGAAACUAGAAUGAAUAAUUUCAUUAAAUUAAAUGUUUUUUAAAUGUUCAUUAAGAAAGGCAUAGAAAACAAAUUCAGCCUAGUUCAAAGCAAUACAUUUUUUUGUACCUUAGCUAAUCAAUCAGUUCAUCUUUCAACAGUGAUGUAUAUAAAUCUAAAAAAAUGACCUGAUGUUUGAAGAAUCACAAAAGUCUGCCAUGGUUACAAGUGGAUGUGUUGAUAUAAAUAGUCCCUUUACACAGUACUUGUCAUUGUGGGUCAGACCUAUCACAUCCUCAUUUUCCAUGCUGGCAAAAACACAACACAAUUUGUGGUAAGAAAGUAGAAAGUGCGAAUCUCUGCGACUGCAAAACGCAAGUCUAAGGCUUUGCCUUGCCUCAUUGUUUGACAUUGCUUGUUUUGGGGGGUUAAAUGAAAAAGGGGAUAGACUUGUGGCAGUUGGGAUUCCGGAAUGGAAAUACCAACAGUACCAUAAAAUAAGUCUUUUCUUUUUUGGUAACCACAGUGCAAGACGACCCACACGAGCCUGCAGUUAACCUCAGCUGACUUGGAACACAUUCAGUGUCCACAAUAGCUUAGUCUUUGGCUGUUCCUUGGCAGACACUUCUUACUAUGCCAGAUUGUUUUCUAUGUUGACUAGUCACCAGAGGUAGCUACGACCACCGGGGUCGUCCCACUUAUGAUGACGAGCCAUUUUUGCAUAGGGUUUUGAGAGGUGAGACACAGCUUCAGGAUGCAUCUUAAAUCAAUAUAUCAUUCCAUCGCCCCAGAUGUACUAAAGCGGGAGUUUUGUUUGCUGAUGUGGUUAGGUUAUGUAUGCAUGAUACAGAUCUUGGUGUACCAUGCAUGUUUUUAGGUCAUAAAAUUUAUUCAGUGUUAUUACAAAUAAGAUUUGGGUUAGUAUUGAUUGAUUUUUUUCUCCUGCAAGUUUGCAACUUUUAUGAACAUAAAUCUCCCACCAUAUAUUUAUCGUCUACACCACACUCAUUAUCUCUGAACCAAAUAACCCAGGAAAACAAAUUAGCAUGGGGAAUAGAAAUGUAAGACGCACUUAUUCAGACACUAAAACACACUGUUCUGCAAAUAAGUUCUUCUUAUAUGUAGAGCAAACAGUGUGUUUGAAGAACUUAUUCAUAGUAUGGGCCAGUGGUAGUUAAAAUCCACAUGCCGUUGGGUAGGAACAUAUUGGUUACAAUUAUAAUAUAUAAACGGUGGAGGGCUGAUAAACGAUGGAGGGCUGGUAAAAUGUGUAGGGGGUAAUUGCUCCCCACAGACACUAGCAUAGAUGAGUUGUCUUCUGCACCAUUUGCAGAAGGUGUGAUGGAGCAUGUCAGGAGCAAAGGAGCAGGAAGGAAUUGUACAAGACUUUUGGUAGUCCAGCACUUUUCGUGGCAGCAUGCUCUCUUUGUGCUCUCUGCCUGGACUGGCCCACAGGGAUAUUUCCCAUGUGACCGCAUUAUCUCAGGCUGAACAGGCUGCUGGACUGCUAGAGUAUGAAUGGUUAUGGUGCAGAGGUGUAUGCAAGUGGCUGUGGAGUGCCACGCUCAUCAACACAUAGUGAGUCAGUGUUGGCAACAGAGUUCAGGAAACAGUCUGCUUCUCUCCAGCAAGCACAUAUCUCUGUGAAUGCUCCCUUGUGCUUCGCAGGACAUACCAAUGAAAGUUGCUGAGAUAUUUAGUGUCACACCUCACAACUCCAGCAGCCUCCAUCUGUCAAAGCCAUAUAUUUCAUGCAGUGUGAGUAGAACUAUCUACACACAUUUGUGUUUGCCCUCCAAACAUCUCCAUAUACAUUAAUGCAUCGGACUACCAAAGAGCCACUUUGAGCUCUUUAUAAGCUACAUCCAAUGAGGGAAAUGUUUGGCCAGACCAUCCUGAUCCCUCAGUAUUGUCUUUAGUUGUUUGUAUGUAUCUCUCUGUUACUUUGACCCAUUGCCAUUACAAUACCGGCAUUAAAAUCCCAGAUUGUAGGCUAAUAUUGAGCAAGACACUAUUUACCUCUUCUGUCUGUCAACAUUAUUUUGUCUGUUAGUUACUUGUCAUUAAAUAGAACCAUUGUAAAUCUGUACAAUUAAACACAGUUUCAAAAUCCUAAAGUUCUAAUGAUCUGCUUGUUCUUGAUGUUGCAGGAACCAGAGAAGCGGCUUUUGUGUAUGCCAUAUCCUCUGCCGGCGUUGCCUUUGCAGUGACGAGAGCAUGCAGCAGUGGAGACCUGGAUAAAUGUGGCUGUGACAGGACAGUGCAUGGCGUCAGCCCACAAGGUAAGUGUUCAUAUAUAUAUGUAUGAAUGUACGGAGAUCUAAGAAUAACAAAAUUAUGCACUCGAGAGUCAUAUAAAUAAUCUACUCCAGACUGUGGUUAACUCCUCCUUACAUUAAUAUCUGGACAAUCCAUUAAAGAAAGAUAUGGAAAAAAAAAACUAUAACCUAAAAUGACAUUUAAAGUUAAAAAAGCCUAACUAAACAAAAAUAAAAAAAACAAUUUCAUGUACUUACUUGGAUGCCCCAGCAACUGCAGUGAGUUCAACCAAGACCAAGAAGUGACUAGACCAAUCAUAAUGCUUCCUCACCUGUCAAAAUCACUGCUAUGCAGUGUAUUUGAUAACCUAAAUCUAUCGUAGAAAAAUAACAACCGAACUACAAUUCUAAGAAACCUUUGCUGUGCAGUCUUAGUGCAGACAGCACGCAGAAAGCCAUAACUGAUGGAGCAGGUAAAUACUGCAGGUUAGUUGGAAGGGUCAGAAACGGUGGCCUUGCAAAACAAAAUACUUUAUCAAAAAAAAAUUAUCAAAGUAAAGAAGAUUUAAAAAAAAAUGUUUUAAACACCCAGCAUAACUAAAGAUAACCUAUUCUACACAGCGAAUCUAACAUGUGUAUAUGUACCCAAUGUACAGCGCUACGGAAUGCGAUGGCGCUAUAUAAAUAAUAAAAUAAUAAUAAUAAUAAUAUGUUUAGGUUGUCCUGUUAAUAAGUGUUUCCUGUUGACUUCAAGACCUACUUUGCAUGAACACUUUUUUGGCUAUGCAAUUUGGGAAAUGUAGUGUUUCAAACAUCUGGAGCCGAGGUUAACCAUCAUUGCCCUGUUUUUUCUCAGGAGGAAAGGAGAUUUUAUAGUGUUGUCUCUGUGGCAUAGGACAAAAUGUAGGCAGGUUCUAGCUAAAAUGAUAAGUGUUUCAGCAUCUAAUACUUGUGUGUUUUACACCUAUAGGUUUGACUAAGCCGAUUAAUGAGUCCUUUACUACUCAUUUACAAUUAAAGUAAUAUUGCUUUAAUUUCACACCCGGCUAGAUUUCCAGAAAUUGGUUCAUUAGAACUCUGAAGCAAUUUAGUUACUAAAUUGUAGUUUAAUAUUGGUGCAUGCAUUGAAGAGAUGUCAUUAUUUUAAAAUGGAAAUAAUGACUAGUUAAGCAAUAAAUUAAGCUUUGGCAGCAAAACAUUUAAAGCAGCUCUACAGGUUAAUAUAUUAAUAUAUUAAUACAAGGUUAAUAUUAUUUAGAUCAUCUAACCUAGGUUUUGUAAAUGUAGCUCUAAUUAUCACUUGAAGGUGUGAAUGUUUUUCAAUAUGGAGGUAGCCAUUUUGAAAUUACAUCUCUCCUUUCAAUCAUUGAGUAACCCUUAAGACAGCUUACAGUUAGCAUACAAUGAGCAGCAGAAUUUGGGAUUUGCUGAGUGGAUCCCAAAUGUCCAGUAUUGGGAAACCAAGUUCUUUAGAUUAUGUAUGAUUGUGAUUCUUCCGACUUGCCUUCCCUUAAAGGGAUACUCUAAGAACCAUAAACAUACCAGAUCGCAGUAUUGCUUAUGGUGCCCUGUUGCCGUCCAGUAUAAGUUGUUAACUGUUUACGGACAGUUUGACAUGAAGCUGGGUCUGUCAGGUGCCCGCAGUCCUUCCAGUUUGCCUUGCUAUGCUAAAACAUAAGUUAAUACUUCAGCAUACCAAAGCAUACCAAGUUUGGGCAUUGUUUAUUAACUGAGAAGUUAGCUGAUGACUCUUAGCCUGUGAAUAAUGUCCAAAAACGUACACUUCGAUGGUGCAUUUGGACCCCUGGUGCCAUUACCACUACUACUGCGCAUUGUAUUUGUCAUGGAACUUAGAGUCCCUUUCAACCCACAACUUUGAAUUAUUUCCUUAUCCUUUUCUCCUCCCCAGAGUACAUGACUCCCCUCAAGACUGAAUUUUAGCACAGAACGUUCUGUAAUUAUUCUUUUUUUUAAUCUUUCCUUUUUUUUUUUGCAUGUUUUUUUAUGCCUCAAAAAGGUAGAUUUGCUUAAAGUCUAGAAAGUCCCAGAAUGCACCUGACGUACCAAAUGCUAUUCAUACAUAAAUAUUUAGUUUAGGAAAUUUAGUGCGUAAUAAAAUGCAUUUCCUAUAUUGUUUUUUGUAUAGAUGACCUGGUUACAGAAAUAUUUUUGGAACAAUUGUUUAUCAUGUUUGCUUUUAGGGUUCCAGUGGUCUGGCUGUUCAGAUAAUAUUGCUUAUGGAGUAGCAUUCUCACAGUCUUUUGUCGAUGUACGAGAAAGAAGCAAAGGAGCUUCGUCCAGCCGUGCUCUCAUGAACCUUCACAAUAACGAAGCGGGACGCAAGGUAACUGAUGGUUAUUGGCUACAUCAAGCUACUUUUUCAUUCAUUAUAAAUUGCAAUUGCAGAUGUACAUUUUAAACCAGCAAGCUGGUAACUCAGUAGUUAAUCAGUGGUUUGAGUUAGACAGACAGGGUUAUUUACUAAACUGAGAAUUUAAAGGAACACUCCAUUUCCACCAAUAAAUAAUAAAUCCAUAUUUAGCUGAUAUUCCUCAAUGAAAAAGUGCACACAUUUAAUUAUGUAUUUUCUAUUGGGUGUAGAUCUAAAAACAGCUUGCAAAAGCUGCAGAUCUCGUGUCUGCAGCUUUUGCAAUUCCAUCCCUUUACCCCAGCAAACUACUCCAAUCAGAGGUGUCUCAUUGAGAAGCCUCUGUGCUCAAGUUGCGAAGUUGUGAGUGUGCACGCAAUCAUGUCUUGCUUAUGUUUCUCUAUGAGCUAUACUACGCUUUACAGAGAAGCGGAAGACAACCUCCUGGCAGUCUGAUUGACAGUCAGGGAGUUGUCUCUUCCCCAAUUAUACACUGUCACAAAUGUGACAUGCUCCAAACACGCACUUAAGCAAGUUGAAGGGCUUUAUGUGUGUGGUCUGUUAGGGACAAAAUAAAAUAGGAAAAAUACUCUAGUCAGCUAUACUUACAGAUCGACUACUUUGGCCUAAAUUUUGAAAUUCACUUGCAAUGUUGAGAUUGUGUUUGCAUAGCUAUACUUAAAUAUGAAUUGUUGGGAAUUCAAAGUAAAUUUCAAAGUUCAGGAUAAAAAAAUCAGCUAUUUUUUCAGUUCAGCUUUUUUAGCCUGAACUUUGAAUUCCCAACAAUUUGAUAUUUACUUUGAAUUCCCAACAAUUCAUACUUAAGUGAAUAACCCUGUAUAAAUUUAAAUCCAUCUGUCUAUAUGCUCUUUUUUUUUUUUUUUUUACUUAUAAACAAUUGUAAGAGAGAUAUACCUAGAUUUCUGUUAGUCUCUGUUAGUCUCUAGGUGUCAGACUAAAUUUUUUAAUAAUAUUUCAUUAAAAGUUAUAUUUUAUAAAUGUAGAUGAAUACUUUACAAUAUAACAGCAGGAAAACAUACAAUGUUAUUAUCAGUAUUCUUCUUUUGUUUUGUUUAAUUUGUUUAAUAAGCAAUACAUGCAUAUUUUUCAGUGUCCCCCUAGAUUUGCCUACUGUUUCCUAUUCACUGCUAUGUUUCAGACAAAUAUUCUGAAAUAUGAUGUCAUAUCCCUCCGUCUCAGUGCAUAUAUGUUGAGACAGAGCAGGGAAGAUGUCGUACGAAAUAGGGAUGCUCUGUCUUAAAUAUAGCUGCCUGCAAGAGAUACGAGACAAAAAGCAUCCUGCCACUUGGCAACAAGAUCUCCUGGUCUUUCAAAGACCACCAGGAAUCAAUGGACAUAUCUAGAUUGGGGUCAUGGUAGCAAAUGUAGCUUAACACCUAAUCUUCAAAACUUCUAUUUUUCCAUUAAUACAUUUUAUGAGCAGAUAUACAUUUUACAAAACCUUUAGGAAGUCUUUUAUUUUAAUCAAACUUUUGUUUACCAUUAGGCCAUCUUGAAUAACAUGCGAGUUGAAUGUAAGUGCCAUGGUGUUUCUGGCUCCUGCGAGGUGAAAACAUGCUGGAAAGCUAUGCCACCAUUCCGCAAAGUUGGGAAUGUUCUAAAGGAGAAAUUUGAUGGUGCAACUGAAGUUGAACAGAAAAAGAUUGGUUCAACCAAAGUUCUUGUUCCCAAAAAUUCUCAAUUCAAACCACAUACGGAUGAAGACUUGGUGUAUCUAGACUCCAGCCCUGACUUCUGCGACCAUGAUUUAAAGAAUGGUGUUCUAGGAACUACGGGGCGACAGUGUAACAAGACUUCCAAGGCUAUUGAUGGUUGUGAGCUAAUGUGUUGCGGAAGGGGAUUUCACACAGAAGAGGUGGAAAUUAUAGAAAGGUGCAGUUGCAAAUUCCACUGGUGCUGUUAUGUUAAAUGCAAACAGUGCCACAAAGUGGUAGAAAUGCACACAUGCCGGUGAUCUCUGGUGAGGAAAUAAUAAUUUUCAUCAUAUUGGACAAUUUUAAUCUCUCCUAACCAACUAUGUCAUUCCUUCCACCAGGACAGUUAAAGCUCCAGAGACUGCAAAAAAAAUGAUAAGGAGGGACAAUGAUUUUUUUAAAGAAUAUUUAAAGUCCCAAAAGAUCAUUGAUGUAUAUUUGUGUCUUUGUCCUUAUUUAUUGCUGACAAACAAUAAUACUGUGGGUCAGUACUUCUACAUGUGGUGGAAAUUAUUUUCUGUUGCUGCUUCUACGGAGAAAGAGAAACGACCCACAUAAACUGCUGAAGGAUCUAAGCUCAUUACAUUAUGCAAAAACAAGAGUAAGAGAAACUGAUAUAGGAUGACCACUAUCCACGUUGUUAUUCCAGUGACAUUCAACUAACUUCCACCAAAUGACCAAAAUGACUGAUGGAUACCUUCAUUAUAUUUUUAAAUGGAAACAAAAUGGUAGCAUAGGUAUUUUAUAUCUAUAUCAUUGUAUAUAAAAUUAUAUAUUCAUGUUUUGUAUUACAAAUAUUUCUCAACAACAAAGAAUUUUCUAGUAUGAAUAUGAGAUUGAUACACAGGUUUUGUAAUAUUUUCUCAUUCCUUGAUGGAGGGCAGCCAAAGGACACAUUUGCCUGCUGGUCUUUAUAGGGUAAAAUAACCCAACCAAUGGCUUUUCCGUAUGUUUCCUACUGAAUUCCGUUGGAUUUUACAAGGCAAAGAAGAAUUUGGUACUGGUUAAGCAGCAGUCUUUAUAAUGCAAUUUAAAUGUUAGGAAGGGUAUAAUCUGUACUAUUUAAUCGUUUAUAUGUUUGGUUGUUUUUCUGUUAUACUACAUCCCCAGGGUCCAUAAUUCAUGGUUUAAAAAAAAACAUUUGAAAGAAAAUAUUGAAUAGGUAAUUGUCUGGUAAGGGCAGGCAUGAAUUAUCAACUGAACAAGAUAAAGAAUGAAUAAUACUACUCUAUAUGACUUUUUCUUGUGUCAUUACGAAUGGUAUUUAUGAAAAACAUAUGUUGCUCGAAACGACUUCUUGACACCAAAAGAGCAGGCCUAUGUGUUUUUGUUCAUUAUACGGCCUUACACACACAAUACAAGGAUACCCCUAGAGAGUGAGUGCAAGAUGUGCAUUCACAUUUACUGUUAUAAUAUCUAUAUAUUCAUACAUUUCAUACAUUUUUAUUUUACUGUUGACCACAUCACCCAAUGUGAUGUGUUUUGUACUCAUUGUUUAUAGUGAGGAAUAAAGGUUCAAGUAAUUUCAUAUACACAAGGGGAAGGGGUUCUGAUAUUUUCCUAUUCUGCAUUUUGUCAUUUUUGUCAAGAUUCAGUCCUGACAUACCCAGCAAAGAUAUGAAACCUUGAAAUCUUAUGGGGGAAGGAAAGUAGGAUGGCUGAUCUCAAAGGUUGUCUGACUGUCCAGAAAGGGGGAGUCCUCUUAAAAAAGAAGGGGAGAAUCUAGGGUGGACAGUACUGCCAUUGUGAGGUCGUGACCGGCAUGGUAUGAGCAGAACCCAUUCCAACUGAGAUAAAUGUACACUGCACCUAAGUUCCCUAAUGAGCUAGCCAUCACAGAGCUAGAGUGUUUCCAGAAGGAUCCUGGGUUGUAUGAGGAGACUCAAAGACCCAUUUUAUAAAAGUAUACAUUAUGUAUCAAAAUUAAUUAUUCAGAACACAUUGCUACAGGUGAUAAAAAGAAUGGGACAAUUAUGACUAAUUUAUAUUAGAAAGAGUUUCCAAAAUAUAAUAUUAAUAACAUAGGUUUUUAACUAAGAGGAAGAUUAUUUCUACCUUGGUGAGUUGGGUUUAUUUUCUAUUCACUACAUACAAUGUCAUGCUUGCACAACCUUUAAUUCAGCUAAAGUACACCCUGCAGAUAUUAACUACUAGCACUCAUAAAAUGAACUAAUCACUGCAUGCAUCUCAGCACUCCUCAGAUGUAUGAAGUCAACUGUGGAGCUGAACAUGGAAGCAGGUCUCCUUCAAAGAUCCUUUCCUGACUUUAUGCCCAAUUGUUUCAUUGUUCCCAGAGAGCAUAGUGCGAGUGUAUCAUUAGAUGUGCUCACACUGUGCUCAGGACAUUGGGAUCCUGCAGAGAGUACUGAAACAGCGCUCUCUGCACAAUUUGCCAGGCUGACUUGACAAUUCAGGUCCUUCCCCCUCUCUGAGCACGUCUACCCUCUUGGCAGCACCACUAAUGCAAAUCCCUUCACUGCCCUUCACUGCCCUCCUCAUUUUACUUGUUGCCACCACCUUGGCAGUGACUCUUUUCCAAGUUUAAAUCCUUGAGACACUUCACUAAUGAUGUGACUUUAAAUGUGCCUGAGACAGAGGAACAAAUUAUCCAUCCUGAGAUUAGUUGGAGUGUUGAGGAAAGUAUAGCUCAAGAACAUUUCAGUAGAUGCAAAGGUUCUUCUGUGGUUCUUACCUGAAAAUGUAAUGUACUUUAUGGUCUCUUAGGUCACCUUGCCAUUUUUGUGUACCAUACCCACAAUUUUGUCUAUAUUCCAAGAUAUUGUCUUUGUAGGAAUGUUAAAUCCAGCUGGUAGUUUAAAGCAUAAAAAAACAAGAACCGAAGUUAUAUGCUGUAUGGGUUGCAAGCAGUUUCACCCCAUUUUUAAAGUAAUUUAUGAGACAAUGAUAAGAUUAUGUUCAAGUUCCAGUUUUUUUGAACUGAUUCCAAACAAGAAGUGCUCUGUUUUCUCAGAUACUCCACACCAGAGACAAGCCUCUGCCUUCUGUGCUAUAUUAACAAUUCCCGCAAACGUAUAUAAAUAUAACUAGUAAUUAGAGAUCUUUUAAAUAAUUAGGCACGCAAUAAAAAGUCACUGUAAAAUCAAAUGCCAUCUAGCCCUAGUGGCAAGGAUGUGUGCAUGGAAUUAAUUGCAAUAUCCUUCGUUGGUCACUGGGUUUUUCAAUUUGUUAAAAUUGGAUUCCUCUAACUUUUGGCAUUGUAGCUCUUGCAGACAGUGUAUACCAUGAGACUUAGCCUUCUUGGAAAAUGUAGUCCAUAACAGCUCUAGUACAAAAGGUUAGAACCAUUCAUGUUCUAAUAUAUCUUUUUAUUAAUUUUUUUAUUAGAGAUAUAGUGUUUUCUGCUAUUCAGAUAUAGUAUAGCUCAUCUCUGGCAUUCCAGUUUUUAUUAACUAUUACUCCGAUUAUGCUCUGCUUGUCAAUUCCUACAACCACCACCCAUUCUUUAUAGUAUUGUUCCUAGUAAAAUAUUUUAUAAUUAAAAUAAAUAAACUUAUAAUGCACAGCAUCGUUACAUUAACGGGAACACUGUAGUUAUCGAAGAUAUACUGACCCGGGGUACUGCAGUCUAAAUGCAGAAAGUAUGGGGGGUUAAGGUAAAGUUGAUUGAAUUUGGGUAAAACGGUGUAUAGGAUUAGGGGUACCUACCUAAUGCUACAAAAAAACAUAAUGUCAAGCCUUUAAACAUUACCCAAAACUUAAACCAUCAGCCCAAGCUUAGCUUUCUUUCCUUUAUAAAGAUUCUCUAUUAUUUAUAUAGGAGACAGGAUAAAAUUAAAGAGACACUUUAGGCACCUAAAGAUCUAGAAAGAAUUGUGUGAAAACGUGUUUGUAUUAUAGUUCCAUACCCUCUUUACCCAUUUCCAAGAUAAAGUCGUAAGACUUGCUUAAGAUGACAUAUAAUCUUUUUAGACAAACAUGCCCCCAGCAGUAAAUAUCUUCAACAAUAACUAGAUGGAGACAUUUAUUAAGGACAGUAAAUUGGGGGGGAAAAAUACAUUAGGUUUAUAAUAUCAGAGGUUUCACAGGUUCACACAAGAGAGACACCAACAAAUGUAUUCACUAAGGUGAGAACUGUCAGAAAUUGAAAGUUAAUUCCAUAUUAUGGGGCAAAAUAACAACAGAAAACUAUUUUCAAGUCAGCUAUUUUGUAUUAUAAUUUGAAAUUGAUUUUCAGAUUCAAUUCUCAACAAUAUACACUUUAGUAAACAUCCUGCAUGAGCUUGUUUUUAUGCUUAUUUAUCAAAAGCAACAAUUAAGCAUCAUUAAUACUAACUGUCAUCAUUGUGGCUAAAAAAUACUGAUUGGGUUCCUUGGUUCACACUUUCCUUAACACACGUAUGCUAUUUACUUCUGUAGCCACUGACUGAUACUGACCACCGGUUAGUGUUUACCAAUUUGGAAAUUGGAAAAAAAUGUGUUUUCUCCAAUUAAUUGCUGUAGCAAUUCUACUAGGACACUGUUAAGGUUCUUUUUCGUGCCAUUGUCUGGGCAAGUUGCCCUUAAAGGUUUAUUGACGUAACAGCUAAUUCUAGUGAAUAGUAAAAAUAAUUAGCAAGUUAAGGAAAAAAUUACAGAGCUAAGGCUUGGUAAUCAAUCUGCCCUUUAGUAAAUAAAUACCUUAGUGCAGGCUUCCCCAAACUCUGGCCCUCCAGAUGUCGCUGAACUACAAUUCCCAUGAUUCUCAGCCUUUCUAUUUCAUUUAUAGAAUCAUGGGAGUUGUAGUUCAGCAACAUCUGGAGGAACGGAGUUUGGGGAAGCCUGCCUUAGUGUGUCCAUACAUCUGACUUGGGAAGUUUCAAAAGCAUUUAUUGAAAGCUAUAUACACCAUUCUUAUAGGCAGGCUUUAGUGAUUAAAUAUAGGUAAAUAUAAAAUAAAUUACAGGAUGUAGUGGGAGUUUGCUAACUUUUUUUUUUUCAAGUAGAUGUCACACUGAGAAAGCUAGUGACUUUGUCUGGUGUUACAUGUAUUGUCUCCUGUUAAAGGGACACAAUAAUCACCAAAACAACUUUAACUUAAUGAAGCGGUGUUGGUGUAUAGAUCAUGCACCUGCAGUCUCACUUCUCAAUUCUCUGCCAUUUAGGAGUUAAAUAGCUUAUGCAGCCCUAGUCACACCCCCUGCAUGUAACGUGCAAAGCAUUUCUAAAUACUUCUUGUAAAGUGUGAACUAAUGUUUACACUUCCUUUAUUGCAUACUCUGUUUAAUUUCGAAUUUCUAAUCUCCUGCUCUGUUAGUAGUUUGCUAGACCUGUCAAAUAGCUCUUGUGUGUGAUUAAAGUUCAAUUUACAGAGCAGGAAAUAAAAAAACUUCUAAAGUAAGAUAACAUCAGCUAAGUAACUUCCUUUUUUGUCAAGCGUAGAAAAAUAAUGAGACAUAGCAGUGCCUACUUUGUCUCAAUAUAUCUUUGGACUGGGUUGAAAUUUCAGUGAAAUUCCAACACAGUCAAUGUUCAUAAUUCAUACAGAUUCUUUCUAUAUGAAAUACUUGUUUUGGGGGAAUGGGGUGACAGAGCCGUAUUAACAUUAACUGACCUUCAUUUUCGAGAUUACCAGAUUGUCUGUAAUUGCCAAAAGUAUGGAAACAAGUCUCAAAUUUUUGAAACGGUGAUUACAGGGGACAUUGAUGGAAAUGUUGACAAACACUGUGGGUCCUUUUAUUACUAAUUACUGGCUUAGAAAAAUAACUCCAUCCAUGACAGUUGUAAUUAAAUGACAAAAUGUCAUAAUGCUCAAUUGUUCUAUAGGAUUGAAAAAAUAUCAAGUCUAGGGAUAUGAAUAGAUUUCAUUAAAUGACAUCGAGACUCCAACAAAAGUCUGUAAAAGAAUAUAACCUUCUUUCGGAUGUACCCUUUUUGACCACUUAAUGUUUUUAAAUUAAGGAAAUGUGUCAUACUUGCAAUGAAAUAAAGUGCUAGUUUAUUUUUAAUACAUUAAAAUAUAGUUUGUGG